AAUGUAGAGUGGGCAACAGCUGUGAUAUCCUGCAUUGCCCAGUCUUCCAUCUGUAGGAGGCCCAUUCGCAGAUGAAUGGAGGCUACCAUCUGGUUGUGGGAUUGCAGCCUGAAUGCAGCUGAUAUCCAUGGUCAGAAGCUGGAUGAUAUCUAGAGAUGGACCUAGUGGAAGAUGGAAGAUGCUGGAUGCUGGUAGGUGGAAUUUGUAUUUGAAAAUCGGUGAAUGCCACAAGGCUGAAGCAGGCUGAUAUUUGUGGAUGUAAAAUGGCUGAAGCUGGUCAACAUCAGCUGGUGGGUAUUUGUGGGUUGAAGCCGAGGCCUGAACGGAGAGUGAAUUAUCAGUGAAUAUGUAUGUUGGUGUUCUUCAUGGAUGUUAGCUGGCAUAUGCUUGUGGGGGGUGGGUUUCAAAUGUGGUCACUGUGAAUGGUGUAUGCAUAUGCAUGACUGUGAUGUCUGAAAGGAAACUGGUGGAUAUUCAUGAACAGAUGAAACCUGAAAGCUGUGCUGAUGCCUUUCCAGCUAUUACCUUUGGCUGCAGAUGUCAGGAGUCCAGGUUCCCAGCUUGAUAACACGGUAAGCAUAGGUAAUUAAAAAGGAGGAUUUAUUGCAAAAACAAACAGAUAGCUUUGGGCAGCCCUAACGAAGCCACUGACCCUUCAAGAUGACCCUUCUGAAGACUGCUUCCGAUUCCUACAGAAUAUACUGAACCGUCGCCCCUUAUGUCUCUUGUUUUGCUUCCUGUCUAUCAGCCCUCCCAUUCGUUGACUCUUCGGACUUAUUGGAUCAGCUCUAGCCUCUCUCUGUUCUGAAAAACUGUCUUGGUGUCUGUUCACGGCUGUUGGAGCUUUCUGAGCGCUUUGGCUGUGUUCCAGCCCGCUCUCAGUCAUUCCCUUGGCAACCGGCAUUCCAGUGUCUGAGGAAGUCGCACUGGGCACUGGCCGCUGUUCAGUCUGCGUCAGAUCUAACCCUCUCUGUUCUGCAGCUGGCUGUAAAGUUCCACUAGGAGCUAGCUCAUUCCUGACAGCAGACCACCUAUGAGGUCACAAAGGGGCAUGAUGACUGGGUGUGGAGGGGAAGAGACCGUACUUGUAUAUCACAGGGCUGGGGGACCUGUGGCCUUCCAGGUGUUGUUGGACUCCAAAUCUCAUCAGCCCCAGUCAUCAUGGCUAAUACCAGGAACGAUGGAAGCUGCAGUCUAGCAACUGCUGUAGGACUACAGGUUUCCCAUCCCUGCAAACCCAUUCUCUGAGUACAAAUCCAUAUGUAGCCGUGGGACGGUCAGCCAAAAAAGACUGCUAUUGUAGUCAAGGCUGACUGAUCAAUAAGAUGAAGAGUUGCAGUUCAUUUUCUAGGAACUAGUAACCAGCUGCACCAUCUUGCUUCCUGUGCCUUGGAACAUUCCAUAGUUUUGAAUGGGGGAAUUGCUGAGCCGAGUGAUUGUGCAUGUAUGGGAGGGAGAGACAGCAGAAAUUGAGAGUGAAGAGGUCUAGCCUUCAACAUCUUCUGCUACUGUGCAAAUAGUCAUGCACUUUUUAGUAUAGCUGGCAUCCCUUUUGAAUUUAAUUUUAAAUCCAAUACUGGAGAGCCUUGAGUCUCCCCUACUCUACCUUAUAAACACUUUGAGGGGAGGGCCUGGCUAACAAACAUUGAUCUUCCAACUCUGUAGCUUCUUACGCUGGUUCCCGUGUGGGUCAAAAUGAUGUUCAGUGAAACCAAAAGUGAUUUGUUUGAGAAGUGCACUUCUCCAUUGCAACUGCUCUUUCUUGCUCUGCCUCGACCUUCCUAUUUCUAUCAAGGUAAUCGCUUCGUGUGGAAUGACCGUUCCAAAUGAGGUAUUCUUUGUUUCUUUUUCAUCUUAAAUUUAACAACACAGUAAUAGCUUGUAAAUGAAAUGCUGCUCAUUUAUUGAAACCAUAUUCAUCAAGGCUGAGCUCCCACGUGGGGGAGGCAUGUGUGUCCAAUUGCUGUGAAACCUUGGCAAAUAUGCUUUUAAUAAAGCCCUGGUAUUAUUUAAUGCUCAGGGAGCAACAACUACUGAAACCCGGAGCCAAGACCAAAGACUGAGAAGAUCAAGUUUUGAAAAGUACACCAAGCGGUUUAUUUCUUUGCAUCUGAAAGGGACUCCACCCAGGUUUUAAUCUGAGUCCUGUGGAUCAUCAGAGCUUAGCCUGGGAUCAACCUUGGAAUAUGUGAAGCAAGAAUAUUGGCGAGUGCUUCUAAACUUGGGCUCCUGGAUACCCAAGUGGCAUUUGUUAACCAGAGCGCACUGCAUGGCCCAACAUGAUACAUUCCUUGGUGUCCUCUAGAUGGGAUUAGUGGAAGCAGAGCUGCUUUUCAAAAGGAACUGCAAUAGGCACAAAAUACAACUGCUUUCAACAAGACCUGGCAGACAAUGGAAUGCAGUGGAACGCAGGAAGCUGAAUCAGACCAUUGGUCAGUAUUGCCUACACUGGCUGGCAGCAGCUUUCUAGGUUUUCAGGCAGGAUCUCUUUAACCUCUAUCAUGAGAUGCUGAAGAUUGAACCUGAGACGGCCCACAUGCAGAGCAGAUACUGUCUCUGAUCUCUGGUCAUUUAAAAAAAUAAUCACUGAUUCUUUAAAGUUCACAGUAGUGGUCUUCUUGACCUUUAAUAUCUCAUAUGGUCUGGUGCAGACAAAAGCACCUCCUUGGACUUUGAGCUCUUUGGAGGAAGCUCUGCUAUGGGUUCUUUUAAGAUGCAGGAUGAGAAGGGAUUUAUGGAGGAGAAGGCUAUUGACACCUACUAACCACAAUCUACUUUUUGAUUUGGUAUACUUAUGGAGCACACUUCUUCCAAAGGAGCACAGACAACAAACACAAAGCAAAACACAUCAGCCAUCAAUACACGUAUGCAAUAUAAAAAUCAUAUACAGUCAUACCUCAGGUUACAGAAGCUUCAGGUUGCGUUUUUUCGGGUUACGGACCACCGAAACCUGGAAGUACCAGAACGGGUUUCGGUGGUCGUGCAUGCUCAGAAGCACUAAAUGGUGCUUUGCGCAUGCACAGAAGCACCAAAUAACAACCCGUGCGUGUGCAGAUAUGGGUUGCGAACGCUGCAGGUUGCGAACGUGCAUCCCGCAUGGAUCAUGUUCGCAAACUGAGCGUCCAUUGUAUUGGUUUAAAACAACACACAGCAUGGCUGCUAAAUAUUUACCAUUUCCUUCUAAAGCAGUAAUGAUGGUUAUAAUCCACCUUCAAAGUACUAUGCUUCUGAACACCAGUUGCUGGAAAACACAGCAGGGGAGAGCACAGUUGCAUUCAGGUCCUGCUUGCAAGCUUCCCAUAGACAUCUGAUUGGCCCCUGCGAGAAAAGGAUGCUAGUCGAGAUGGGGUUUUGGCUCUGAUCCAGCAGUGUUCUUCUUUGAAGAGGAAGAACGUGGAUUCUUCUUCCACUUCCUGCUUUAGAAAUUCAGGCAUUCUAUAUCUCCCACCUACCAAUCCCAUCAGCAGUGUACCUAUAUAUAAGUAAAACAUGCCAAACUUCAUCUCCCUAUCUUGUCUUGAAAGUAGUUACAAUUUAGUUAUAACCACAAGGAUGUGUUGGUUCUAUUACACUAGUACCUCGGGUUACAUAUGCUUCAGGUUACAUACGCUUCAAGUUACAGACUCCGCUAACCCAGAAAUAGUCAUCAGGUUAAGAACUUUGCUUCAGGAUGAGAACAGAAAUCGUGCUCCAGUGGCGCGGCGGCAGCAAGAGGCCCCAUUAGCUAAAGUGGUGCUUCAGGUUAAGAACAGUUUCAGGUUAAGUACUGACCUCCGGAACGAAUUAAGUACUUAACCUGAGGUACCACUGUACUUACAUCUUUCAGGCUUCAUGUAUCUUAGGCUUAGUUUAAACAUACCGUUAUGACCACUUUCCAUUCUGCUCCAAAGAAUCUCACCACCGCCUGCAGCAGAUUUUUUGGGUCUGCAAGAGGCUGCAGAAGGAGGGACUUGGCAAACAUCACUCCCCCCCCCCCCUUAGUGCUUAUGGAAGUCUCUGGUGGAUCACAGAGCUUUCCAUCAGCAGCGGGAGACAAUUGGAUUCAUUGCUUUUCUUUCCCAGGCUUCAGAAAAACUCCCCCCAUUCCAUACCUAGAUAAUUGCCCAUGGGAUGUUCCUCAUGGAGGAAAGAGGGAGGGAGAGGAGGUGAUUUUUGCCUAUUGCUUCUUCCUUCUGCAGGUCCCUGCAAAGUUCCUCCAGAGAGUUGGAGGAACCCUCUUGAGCAACAUGGGAAGCAGCCCAAGGAGAAAGGGGAAUCAGUAAAAUAAAAAUAAUCUCCCCCUUCCUCUGCUAGAAGUCAGUCCCUCCUGCAAACUGAAGGGUGAUUCUGGAUCCAACUCAUAAACCUUAGUCUGUGAGGGGCCUUGUAAUUGGAUGAAGACUGGGCACCGCUAUAUGUGUUUGUGAAGAAAAUAGAGGAAACUUCCUCUCUGGCCAGAGAUAUGAGAGAUGCAAACGAUAAACCCAGGCAACCUAGCGGAGACAUGUUUCUUUAGCCAACUCCCCUUUGAAAUAUUUCAGUCAAAGUUGCAUUAACAUUCCCUUCUUGGGGCUAUCUUGAGAUCUGCCAGGAUUCCUGCAGGCAGAGGUUCUGAACCCAGCUACAAGGCUCCAGGAAGUCUUCGGAUGAACUCACUUGGCAUCUUGAAUGUACAAGUGACAACAAGGGAGUUCCCGAAGAAUUAUGUGGCCCUUUUCAAAGUGCUGAGACCUUCAUCUUUCUUGUUAAGGCUCCUCUGAGCUCUUAUUGAGCCCUACCUUUCAAACCUUGGGGGGCUUUUGUUGAAUUGUAUGCAUGCAAACCUUACAGGCAUGGAGACAAUCCGGAACUUUCAUAAGCUUGAACCACACCAUCUAGGCUGACAUCAGAAAUUCAGUCAACACAUCUGUAUCCUACAGUUCCUGAAAGGAGUUUUUGGGUAGCAUAUGUGGGACCAUUCAAUUUUAUUCUCACAACAUCUUUAAGGUAGAUUAAUUUGAGAAUAAAAGGUAAAUGACCUCUGAAUGGUUAAGUCCAGUCAAAGGCAACUAUGGGGUUGUGGUGCUCAUCUCGCUUUCAGGCCGAGGGAGCCGGUGUUUGUCCACAGACAGCUUUCCGGGUCAUGUGGCCAGCAUGACUAAGCCGCUUCUGGAGCAACAGGACACCGUGAUGACUACCUAGUGAACUUCAUGGCUGAGACUGGACUUCAAAUUCAGUCCCCUCAGACCAGGAGUGAGGAAAAGGUAGAUCAGGAACUACAGGUAGAUCAGAACUUGCCAAAUAUCUCUAGAUAGCACUGAGAGCAAGGCCACUGACAUGGAUCUUCACUCAUGAGCUCCCCUGUAUGGGAGCAAGUGGCUCUUUCUGCGGCAGCAAAACCUGUGUCUGGACUGUACCACAUCAGACUGCAGGGGGGGGGGGUGAUUCAGAGAAGGGAAUGUUCCUUCAUAAUCGACUCCAAUCGUGCAAAUCAAAACUUCUGGUAUGCUCUUGAACCCCUCUCACAAAAUACUGGCAGAUUGGAGGCGCUCUAUUGUUCAGUUACACGUGUAGAGUUUGGAGCAGUACAACACAGGUUUGCUACCUCUCUAAGAACUUGGCCUCUGACAUAGCAACCAGGGCGUGGAGAAGGCUUAGACAAUGAGCAUGUGCUGUCAGAUGGGGCCAGCCAUUGUUCCAAAGAAUGUAUUUCACACAGGCCAUAUGUUAAAAUAAUCUCCUCUGCUUGUGCCCUCUCCCCGGUUUUUAAUUGAUCUCCGCAUUUGUCUGUGCUUUCCGUGAAAGGACUGGAGGCCUUUCCUCAUAUUAAUGAAUCCCAGAGCAGCCCUUUCAUUCCUGCAGCUGGAGAUCGUUACAAACUGUUAUGGUUUCUUAAUCAGCAAAACUCUCUUGUCCCAUCUCCCCCCACAUCUAAAGGGGGACUUGCUAUUGCCUUUAUCUCUUGCCUCCUCAAACUCCCUUCAUUUCUACUCUGCCUGACCUUUGAUUGCAUGAAAUUAACUCCCUCCCCAACCCUUCUUCUUGUACACCUUGUGUAUCACCUUAGCCAUUGUGUGCUAAGUGGGCAGGAGUGGGAUAGAGAAACAGCAAAUACGCUUGGAGCAAUAUGCCCUGAUUGCUACCUUGACCAUCUCUAUUUUUAUUCCUUGACUAGCGGGUUUUAUUUGGGUCUGUUCAGAGAUUCCCAACAACCCCACUGACCUUGUUCCAACCUCUGCAUUUGUUUACACACCUAAGGAGCGAUUAGAGGCUUAAAAGGUUCAAGCUUUCAAUCCAAAACAGUGUAUCUAUUCUGGCAAGGAGUAUGGGCAAAAAGACUAUGAAAGGAAUAUGUUUGCCUGAGUACGAUAAACCUGAAAACUUUGACACAGAGUAGAUUCUAAGAUGGAAUCUGCACACAUAUUAAAAACGCUGUGAAAAUGCUUUUUUAAGGAAUAUAUUUUUUUGAAAAAUACAUUGAAUUUGGCAUAGCUCACUAUCGCCAUCUAGUGUCACACUUUCCAACACAUUUAAAACGUUUUAUUUGCAGCUGUAUAGCUGAGUCCUAAGUACUUUAUAGGCCCACCAGAAGAGAUUUUGUUCAUCUUGUCUAUGAGUGUUAUGUUGUGGAACUAGCUGGUUUACAACAUGCUACUCCUUUUGGGGCUUUUGCAAAAUGCUAACAGUCUUGCAGCUCCAACAGCUUCUGCUUGUUGUAGAAGCCUACUGAAUUUCCCCUUUCUUUAACACAUUCUGAACUUGACACUGGGCUGACAUGGAGGACUCAGGAUUCCUUCAUUGCUCCCCUGAUUGGCAGGAAAUGUUCAGUGCCCUAUUUCUGUCCCAGUUGCUGGCCAAAUAAGCUUCUUGCCAGGCCAGGAAUCCCUAAACAGUGCGCCAACAGAGAACGGGCAGUGAUCUGUAAGAAAUAAAUCUCAGUGUAGACAGGAAUGGAUGGUUAGGAUUUCUAGCUGUGAGGGUUUGUGGUCAAGGGGUUCAGUAUCAUCCCUUAUGACUUGUCUCUUUCUAAUUGGACAACAGCAACAAAACAGAUGAUGAAGGGUUAACAUAUGGGGAAGGUCUCAGUGGUAGAGGAAGAGCUCAUGUUUUGCAUGGGAGAAGGUUUCCGGUUCUAGCCCUGCCAUCCCAGUGAAAAGGGUCUCAGGCCAGGAGGACUAAUAAAUCCCUCCUCUGCCUGAGACCUUGGAGAGCUCUCUGCAGGAUUUAACAUGAGGGUUAAAUAGGUUUCCUAGGCUUACAAACGUGCAAGAUACACAUGCUGCAAAAUUCUGCCAUUUUGGAUGCAAAAUUUGAUAUCCAUCGCUCCAUCGUGAAAAAUAACAGACCCUGCAGUGUAAGUUUACAACAAAGUUUCCCACAACCCAGUAUUAUACAGACAUUCUAAGUCUCAGCUUCUCUUUUUGGUUUUCUCUACCAAAGAUCUCAAAGCCCAGGAAAUUAGCAGUCAGAUGAAAUUUAUAUCCACAGCUUGACAGGAUGUUGCCUACUAGUCUUUUCCAUCAACUGGUCAUCCAGUUGUUCUCGCAGAGGUAACUUGCAUCCCUUCUAUUCAUCAGCUAUACAAACCCAUUAUUUAUUUCUCAUUAAAUUCAUUUAUGAGGAAAACCCCCACAUUCCUGGCUCACCAGGUUUUCCUUUCUGCAACGCCUAUCCUCAACUGUCUCCUUAACUGCCCAACUGCCACCUCUCACUCUCUCAACAAACUCUAAAUUCUUUCCCUUACUCAGACUUCACUGCUUCAUGAAGGUAUUUUGCACAAACCAGUGGGACACUGUGUGCUUCUGGUAGACGGCUCUUUGCUCUUUUGGAAUCCAUGGAACUUAUUCUCAGUAAGCAUGUUCAGAAUCCAGAUAUAAAUACCCUGUGCGAAUCAUUGGCUUUGUAAUUCAUGCCUUUUUAAAACCAGCCUUUUGAAAAUUUCUUGUCAUGUCACAUUGACAUGGUUAUUUGUGGCAGCCUUCAGAAACAGGGCAGAUUAUCUCGAGGUAGCAGGAACGUGCUCUCCUAAGAGAAGCAAGCCACGUGUUGAACUUUAUAAAGGAAAAACCGAAAGUUGUUGAGCAGUCGUGAUUUUUUGAUUGACUUGCCUAAGAUCCAGGACAAAGUGCUGCCUUUUGGAAAUUCCCCCCAGCCAUCAAUUCUGCCUUUGAAAUACCAGUAAUGUCUGGGAAAAUCCAGACAUAUGGCAGUCCUAUCCUGCGGUCUCUAACGGCUCAUUUUUCAGCCCAUAGCUUGGCACCCUGAUCCUUGUGAACUGACUUUAGCUACUUCAGGGACAAUCAGUUUCAUCUGUGCUGUAGUAACAAAAGCAGGCCACUCUGCUUGCAGAAUGCAGGCAAAGGUAUCCAGUUCAGGCCCAUAUAUUCCCUCUACACAGUUGCACUGGGACCGCUAGCUACAGGGUUAAUCAACAGGAUGCCAUAUGGAUAUGCCACCAUUAGCUUUCUGCUGGAAAAAUUCUUUGUGCAGUUUAUCAGCAGAACCACACAUGAUCUGGGAUAUAGAUGAAGUAGCACCAACGGUUGCUCUGGAGUGGCCAGGUGUCAGAUUCUACACGGGAGGACAACUUGGGCUCCAUAUAUUUGAUCCUAUGGAUUGUUGCUUCAACACAGCAGCUGUGUGUGUUUGUCAGGUUACAGUCUUUCUUCUGCACAGAUCUACUGUUGCUUUCUUAUUAAUUGAAGAACAGCCACCCUUAUCAAGAAGUACUGCCAUCACAUCAAUCUCAUCGCCCUCCACAGAAAAUACAAUACGGUCUCACUAUGAUGCUGGAGGGACUGUGGGGAGUAGGACCCAUUUUCCCCCAUGUGGUUGUUGGGAUACUGCCGGGGAGACGGGGGCAUCAGGCAGGCCGGCAGCCGGGCGAUCACUGGUCUCCCUUGGAACAGCAUCAAACAGCGACAUGAGCCUCAGAUACAUUUAGAGACUCGGCACGCUCUAUUAGCAGAGUGAAUAAAUCUUCUCACAAUGGAAGUGGCGGACAGAGUCAUGUGUAAGCAUAUUUACAACAUUUUAUUCAGCAGCAGGAACAAAGGAAAAAAACAUGUCUGCUUCCCUUCGUGUCCAGCAAAACAGCUAUACAAAAGCAAUAUACAAAACGGAAGUUCCUAGCAGAACUGUGCUGGAAGUAAACAGGCAUGUGACACACAACAGUCAUGCCUGUACCCUUUUAAGGUGGAACGGAACUAUAUCCUAACAGUGGUCCCCCACGUCUCGUUUUGGGAUGUCUCCCAAGAAAUUGAUGAAACUCCUACUCUCUGACCCACAGAUGGCACUGUUGCUCAUCUUUUAUGGGCAGCCUAAAUCAGUAAUUUAUAAAGAUCUUGCAGCCUUUCUUUUUGUUGCUCCAUGACUUGGGAUCACCAAGAACUGGAGAUCUCCUGCAGUCAGUCUCUUCCAUUGCUGGUAUCAUGAGGUUUGGAAUCUAGCACUGAUGGAAAAGCGAACACACAGAAUCAAAAAAAGGAUCUAAAGAAAGGAUCUGAAUCAGACAAAUUCCUGGAUUUCCAGGAUUCGUGACAUGCCUUUAUUAUAAAAAAGGUAAAGGUAAAGGACCAAUGGACGGUUAAAUCUAGUCAAAGACGACUAUGGGAGUCAGCGCUCAUCUUGCUUUCAGGCAGAGGGAGCUGACGUUUGUUCACAGACAGCUUUCCGGAUCAUGUGGCCAGCAUGACUAAGCCGCUUCUGGCGCAACGAGUGCCAAAGUGCACGGAAACGCCGUUUACCUUCCCACUGCAGUACUUAUUUAUCUACUUGCACUGGCAUGCUUUUGAACUGCUAGGUUGGAAGGAGCUGGGGCAGAGCAACAGGAGCUCACCCCGUCGACAAGCCCAGGAGGCUCAGUGGUUUACACCACAGCACCACCCACGUUUUACCUUUAUUAUAUACACCACUGAAGAAGGGAAUGCUAGAAAUCCUCUGGUCACAUACAGAGAACUGUGGCUGAGUAUUCUGGGUGGAAUGAAGGUCAAUUGAUGAACUUUCCAUACAACUUUGAACCUGAUUACAUUAUGGAUAAUUAUUUUCUCUCCAUUGUUAUUUAUUUUUGUAGUUUUGUACCAAAUUUUUAUUUUAGGAAAAGGAGUUGUUUGGGUCAAUUACAAUGCUUCACUGUUUCACAAGUGUGACUUUGAUGGGGAGAGGGGCUAUACCCUUAGCAUACAGGGAAUUGUUGAACUAGUCCGUCAGUCUGUAAAGAUGGAAAUGCAUGCAGCCCUUUCGAUUUGGACAAGAGAAGGUAGAACUAGCCUAUCAAGACUUACACCAAACAUGAGCUUCAGGAGGGCAGGGUUGCUUGUCAGCCAUGAGCUCAUGCUUCUCCUAGCUGCUCUUCACACUGCUGUAUGAAAUAUGUUUCAUACUUUGAACAGCAGAGUUUUAACAGGAAGGGCAGAAUUAAACUCAGACGUAUAAAAGCCUAGUAACACUAAGCUAAACUAAAGAUCAGAUGCCAGCUGAUAAAAGGAUUUGUUCAGUAUACAAUGAAAUUCUACCUCUUUUAGUGUUAAUUGCACACACAUUGCUCUCUGCCUGCUGAACUGGUUCCUAUGAUUCAUGCUAUUUGGUUGCCCACUUGACAUUUCCAAACCUAGCCUUACAAAAACAGCAUUUUAGAAGUUAGCUUCCCUUCUGGGUUGGGGAGAUGUGUUUUGAGUCAACGAUAAAUCCUGCAUGGUUUGUGGAAAGGUCAAAGCAGUAAAGCCAAAUUGUUUUUAAGAAAAAUAUAUGCUUAUUUUAUUAACAGAGGGAGAUGAAAAUUUAUGAGGGUGAAAUUCACACUGGUUGUUUAAAGGGUUCUGAAAUAACAGCUUCCCACCCACUCACAUGGGAGGGAAAAGCAGAGCUAUGAAACACACACUUUUAAGUUUCAGAAGAUUUCAGAAGUUUGUAUGCAAAAGGACAAACAAAGCCCAUGUGAUCUGAGUUUAAUGGGUAGCAGUUAGUACGGACAGCAAAGUACCAUUUUACUUACAGCAGAGUAUCAAUAGGCCUGAAAAGUGUCUGGAUGGCAAUUUGCCACUAACAGGCAAGAUUACACAUUAUUGACUUAAGGACCUUCACAAAUAAAGGGGUCUGCUACAUUUGUCUGUUCCUGCUUGCUCUGCUUUUAAUGAUCCAACCCUUCUGGCUCGCGACAAGUAUCUUCUUUCCUAAACAUGAAUUUCCCUAGUACUCUUUAAAAGGACCUUUCCAAAAGCACAGUUCUAAUCUAUCAUCUUUGGUAUGGGAUAGUAUUUUAUAAAUAUUUAAGUAAACAAAGUCUGGAAUGAUCAGUGGGUAUUAUUUGACCCCGGGACACUGCUGUCUGGAUUAAUCUCGGUCCUGGUCCUCUUAACCCAUGUUAAUGUUCAGCCACUAACUUUUUCUCCUCCUCCUCCUUUAGUGUGGGGCUCCAGGUGGCUUCCAUUUCCUUCCUGAUGGAUGAGGUUGCUGAGUAAUAUUGUGCAGAGUUGAGCUAUAGGCGACCAGGAGCUCCGUCUCCUUUUCAUUUAACUCUGUGCUCUCGUUACACAGCUUCCGGCUACAAUUGUGGCCUGGAAGUGGGCGAGUUAGCUGAAGCAGAGCUCAAAGAAGGCAGAAAGACAAAGAUAUCUGGCAGCCCCUGUUGUGUAAGAGAAGCAGGAGCAUAACAGAAUGCUAGUCCACCCAGGAAAGGGAUGUGUUGUUUAGUCAUUACAUUUGCAUCCCACCCUUCCUCCCAAAUGAGUCCAGGGCAGCACACAAGAAGUAAUCAAACUUCUCAAGAACAAUUCCAAUACAGACAAAGGCAGGCAAAGAUCUCAACUUACAAGGUUUAUUGAAAGGACAGGGUCUUCAGUAGGCACCGAAAAGACAGUGUCUGAUAUUCACUUAGUGCAGAAGCGGGGAAUCUUUGGCCUUCCAAAUGAUGAACUACAACUCCUGUCCAGACUGGCAAUUGGUCAUGCUGGCUGGGUCAGAUGGGAGUUGGAGCCCAAUGUCUGGAUUGCUGCAAUUGUCUCACUUCUAACUUAAAGAAUUGGGCCGAGAGGACAUGCUUCACCUGAAGCCAGUUUCCCCUCACCAAAUCACACCUGCACAUUGUAACUGCUUCAAUACUAUGGGUGUCUAAUCCGCUAAACCAGUGCUAGAGUAUCUUCUGUGAGCCAUGUUCGUACCGUGCUUUAACUGGGGAGGGAAAGCUAAAGCAACGUAUUUUGAAUGUUCUUUUAACUUAAGAUUUCUGACCACAUGGAAUUCCCAAUAUUGUGCGAAAUUCAGGUGCACUGCUGCCAAUAUAUGGGUUGGUCAAGGUCAUGUGAUAUGUAUUUACCAUUUAAGGUGGUUGAAGCAUGUUACUAUGAACUAUGCAAGUGAUCUUGUAAAUCUUAACUGCUUUGGACUGGUUAGUUGGGGAUGGACAAAUAUGUAUUUGUGAAAACUCCCUUCAGCUCAGUUCCAAAUGCUAACAGUACCAAGAUUAUACCUUUAAGAACUGAUAAGGCAUCUUUCACAGUCACUCAUAUGUCACACAAUGCUUUUUUUCUGGGGGUACGCAUACCCCUAAACAUUUUGUGAAUCUAAGUUUGGCCUCAUUGAGGGGCAGUAUUUCAAUAUGAGUAGGAAAAUGACAGUACCCCUAAACAUACAGAUAUCUUCCUCAUCCCUCCUACACCCAGGUUAUCAAUAUUAUUAUUUUACUAGAUGUGCUGAAGAUUGAAGCUGUGACAUUAUACAUUAUACAGAAAGGCAUAUACUCUUUCUGAGCCACACACUCUCAACUUACAUAACCUAAGACAUAGUCUUUGCUGCUCUACCCCUAGGGGAAACGCAAGAGCUCAACAAAAAAGAGUGCAUUUCCUAGGCAACUAGAAGUUAAAAAGAACAUAGGUGCACAUGUAUGUAAAGUGGACUAUACAAAAAUUAUAUACUUAUGAACAAGAAAGAGCAUUUUAUAAAUGGUAAACAGUAGGAUUGAAAUUGUCUAAACUUCUAAUGAUGAAGGCAUUUCUUCCUUUCAGGUUGUGAAUAUAAUAAAGUUAUAUUAUAUGAAUGUGUUCGCAUUUCACUUGGUGAUGAGAGGCGAAAGGGAGAACCUUCACAGAAACCCAGCACCAAAGUUAUAAAAGGGAGAAUAAAACUAAACAUAGCUUGGCUUUGAGCAGCUCCAUCUGGAGGCUACUGUUUGCAAUUGUAUUUUUGAGGGAAUCUGGAAGUGGAGCAGAGGUCUAUGUUGGAAUAAAUAGGGAGAAACCCUCCUAAAAUCAGCUAUGUACAUGUAACAAAAUACACAUAUGCAGGAUUGCCAUACACAACAAAAUGAGCGUCACUUGACUGCCUUCUGCAUAGGAAACCCAUAAUGAAUAAAGCAGCCCUAUAGUGAAUUUCUUGGCUAAACAGAAGUUUGAGCCUAGAUCUCUCCAGUGUAUGAUUUCUUUCUUCCCACCCCAAUACUUGCAAUGGAAAGAAAAGCACUUGGAUUCUUAGUUUUUAUUGUAAAAAGCCAGCCUUGUUAUAGAUAAGUUUGCUUUGUAAAUACAUAGUUUUCACUACUAUAUACACACACUUUGAUGCACAAUAUACACAAAUUCACGUUUAGUGGGGGAAGAAGCAUGUGUGGCAAGGCUCAGGAAUCGUUAAAAGGAAUUUAAACACAAUGAGCAAUUUUGUUGCUUGCCAUGUAAAUGGAGUCUUCUACUCUGUAGUGAUUGCGGUACUAUAGUCCUUCACUUCUCAAAGCCAACACCUGAAGUUUAAUAGCCGUAUUUUGCAUUCAGAUGAGUUCUACCAUCACCACUUUGACCUGCAUCAAAAGAGGAAGAUUAAAGUGUUUCUUUUUCCCUUUUCAAAAAACUCUCUUGUGCCCAGGAGUGAAAACAAUAUACAGAGAAACAGAAAUAGUCGACAAGUCACAGUCACCUAGACCCUACAUACUUGGCAGCGUGUUAAGUUAAUCACAAGCAGUGUAAAACUUUCCUGACAUGGGGUUCAGUAGAGGUGCAAUAUUUUGGCUAUGCAACAGGUCAAUGUCCAUUUCAAGGAGAGGGAGAUGGGGAAUUAAAUUAGACAUCAUCCAGGUGUGACCUCCACUAAUGGUAGAUGGUUUGUUUUUGUUUUUUUUAUUCUGUUUUUUAUUUUGUUUAUUUACAAUAUUCUGCAGAGGUUGGAAGUAACUAAAGGUGUAGGAAUAUUCAUGGGGAUACGGAGCAAGUAUGUGAGAAGCAAAAGGACAUUUCCAAAGCCAAAAAAGGGAGUGAAAUGGUUGGCUGGACCUGUGGGAAGCAGGUAAGGAACUGCAAGGGAUGCAAAAAUAUUUGGGCUUAUAGUGUGUUCAUAAAGCUGGCUUUUAAUCUUGUUCUACAAAAGGCAGAAAUUUCAAAAAAUAACUCUUCGAAUGGAGGCUGCUCACAAUACAAGACUAAUCAGAGGAAUUCAGCAGCACUGCUACUUUUAAGUACACCUAAGUAAUCUCUACAUUAUAUGUAGGUAGUGUAUCAAACAAGGGUAUCUGGGGCAAGAAAAUUCUAAGUUGCAUUUGUUUACUUCAAUUGAUGGAUGAGCAUUCUUGAUAACUAUGCAUUCCAGUUGGAGACCUUGGAACAUACAAACUCCCCUACCUUUCUACCUGAACCCUUAAGUCAUUCUAAGCACUUAUUAUUAUUAUUAUUAUUAUUAUUAUUAUUAUUAUUAUUACCCUGCCCAUUUGGCUGGGUUUCCCCAGCCACUCUAGGCAGCUUCCAACAGAAUAAAAAAGCAACAAAACAUCAACAUUAAAAACUUCCCUAAACAAAGCUGCCUUCAGGUGUCUUCUAAAAGUAAGAUAGUUGUUUAUUUCCUUGACAUCUGAUGGGCGGGCGUUCCACAGGGUGGGCGCCACAACCGAGAAGGCCCUCUGCCUGGUUCCCUGUAACCUCACUUCUCGCAGUGAGGGAACUGUCAGAAGGCCCUCGGCGCUGGACCUCAGCGUCCGGGCUGAAUGAUGGAGGUGGAGACACUCCUUCAGGUAUACUGGCCCGAGGCCAUUUAGGGCUUUAAAGGUCAGCACCAACACUUUGAAUUGUGCUCGGAAACGUACCGGGAGCCAAUGUAGGUCUUUCAGGACUGCUGUUAUAUGGUCUCGGUGGCCACUCCCAGUCACCAGUCUAGCUGCUGCAUUCUGGAUUAAUUGUAGUUUCUGGGUCACCUUCACAGGUAGCCCCACGUAGAGCAGGAGAUAACUAGAGCAUGCACCACUCUGGCGAGACAGUCUGCAGGCAGGUAAGGUCCCAGCCUGCAUAACAGAUGGAGCUGGUAGACAGCCGCCCAGGACACAGAAUUAACCUGACUCUAUGGACAGCUGUGAGUCCAAAAUGACUCCCAGGGGCACAGUUACCACAUUCAGGACUAUGCGGUCCUCCACACCCGCCUGCCCCGUUUUCCCCAAAGCAGUACUUCAAGCUGUGAUGGAGGACGUUCUAUGCCUGAGGAACAUCUACCACCAGCAGGUACAUCAGCAUGACUUAGGGAUAGAACUUUGCAGCACAUAUUUGCACAGGGUACCCUGUCUGUGCACUGGAUACCUUUGUAUGCUUGUGUCCUCCCUAAACCUCAGGUGCCACCGCUGCUGCCUUUAUCUCUGGCUAAGCUGGGCCAAGGGCAAAAGCAUGACCUGAGUAGGAUGGUAGGAAGGCAGGCAGGCAGGGAGAAACAGCAAUAACGUAGUUGGAAAUGUUCUGGGAUCUGCAGAACUAAGGUCCAAUGUCAGUCUUCCUUCAGACAGAGCAAGCUUAGAUCCUUUAUUUGCUUGUGCUUGCUCUUCCACACCCUCAUUACAUAGGAUAGCAAAGAAACUGUAGUAUCAGUGUACAGGACUAGUCCUGAUGUUGUCCUGCUUGCCCCAUACUUCAGCAAGACAAAGGUGAGCAGAUUUAGAGACUCUGUGGUGCAAAAUUAUUUAGACUACUCCAUACACAAGACAUUUCAAGUGGCUGUCUCUAUGCUGCCUUCUGCUCAGCUGCACAGCUUCAUGCACCCUCUUCCGUUUCUCAGCAACCCAAGUCCCCUAUUUUGAACUGUCUUCAAAUAGAUCAGGUCAAAUAUGAUUUUCGAAAAUUAUAAAUUACCUUCAGGUGGCAUCCACACACAGUAGUCUGGGUCAUCUUCUGGAUAUUCUGAGGACAGAGUGCGCUGAGACUGCAGAAUAGAUUACAAAAAGAUGCUUUGUAAUUCUAACAUUUCCCUUCCCUCUUUUGGCUGCACAACUUCAUGCACCCCUUUAAAAAGGUUCUACUAGCACUUGUUUGAAUAAUAAAUUAGCUUUUAAUAUUUGAUGAAUUAAUGUAUUUUAAUAUUUUGCCCAGAGUGGCUGGGGACACCCAGCUAGAUGGGUAGGGUAUAAAUAAUAAAUUAUUAAUUAAUUAUUAUUAUUAAACUUGGGGAAAUAUCUUAGUGUGAAUAUCUUGAGAACAUGAUUUCAAAUUGCUUUAGACAGAUUUGCUUUGAAGGGCUAUUUGGGCCAAACAAUGACGUGUUAAGUUUGAAACCAUUUUCCCCACUUUCUUUAUGCAAACAGGGUUUUCUUAGACUUUCUAAAGAGGAUAGUUUGUGACAAAAGACAAACAAGAGUUUAAUAAACACAAACAUUAUAUGGUUAUACUUGAUGCUAUAGUGGAGAAUCUAAUGUUACUUACAAUAAAACAGAACAAUACUGUUGGCACAAAGUACUGGAAGGUAUAAGCUGCUAGAAAAAAAGCAUUAUUGCAGCCUUGCAAAUUGGGAUUGACAAGCCUGCUCCCCCUACAACAGUUGUUGCCCGGCUGCAUAUAGUUUUGUUGGCGGCAAUGCCCUGCCAAUGAUUUCUAUUAGAUGAGAAUGUUAAAGCACUGCCAGGUUAGUAUUAAGAAAACUCAAAAUUAUUUGCAUUAUAAUUAAGUGGCGUAGCUUCCUGCAACUUGAGUUGUGCUACCAUUCCAAAAUAAUCAGCAGCUAUAUCUUUUCACAACUGUGUCUUAUCUAGCAGUAAUACUAGCACAGGGAUGUCCAACCGGUUGACUGCGACUGACUGGUCGAUCUCCAGCAGCUAGCGGUUGAAUGCGGGCUCUAUUUCCUUCGUGUGGGGGGAAGAGAACAUCUGGCCCCGCCUCCUCCUCCAUUCUCACACGAUCGCAAAAGCUUCUGGUGAGAGACUUUUUGAUGUGCCUCCCCCCAAAAAGCUAAACAAUUUCGACCUGCCCCCCCAAAAGUCAACAACUCUGACUUGCCCCCCUAAAUAAAAAAGGUCAACAAAUUUAUUCCCCCUCCCCAAAAAGGGUAGAUCACUGUCAGCUUUUUAUUCUGGGAGAUUGCAGCUGGAUGUCCCUGUACUAGAACAGUAUCUAUCAGCCUGACAUGAGACACAACGCAGAGUACUAACCACUAUACGAUCACGGCCUCACCAACGAACUGAACCGCUGCUGCACAUGGCCAGUGAGAAUAGAGAACGGUCCUCCAAGCUGCAUUUGACUUGGCGGUUGACCCGCCCCCCCCCCCCCGUCCAGCAAUAGCACAAGAAGGCAACAGUGUCCCACCCCACUACUAGCAGCCUGAAUACUUAUGCCACACAAGGACCAGACACCGUGCACAAGAAGACAGCAAUUCCUUCUGCCAAGUCAGGAGGACUGCACGGGUGCCAGAGAACACAGCACUAGCACUGUCUUAUCUUUUCCUUAUCCUCUUAUGGACACCAUCUCCCAUAAAUGCCGGCAUCAAGCAAUUCUGUGAAUGCACCAGGUAGGGAAUGCAGUAUGUUACAGUGCACUUCAUCAUAUUUAUAUGCUUUAGUUCCUCCAACUCACCGUAUUUGCAAUGUUCGUUUUCUUAUUCUUGGACUUUCCUGCAGAUGUCUCAGGUGCUAGGAAAAAAAUAAGAAAAACUAUAUUAAUGCUGCCAACUCUAUUUAGAGAAAUUAUUCAAAACAAAUUUCAGACAAAUAAAUCCCCUAUGUUAAAAAAAAAUAAAUGGCCAGGGAGCUGUUAAAAUUAAGCACCGCAGCUCCUUAGGCCCCACCAACAAAAUGCACACAAGCCAGAGCCAGGACAGCAAAACUGCCUUUGGGGUGUAUCUCACAAAGUAAAGGUUAGCAAUUUUGAUACCUGUAGCAGUGCUAUAUUAAACCAAGUAUUGCUUGCUAUUUCCCCCCUUUCUCCAGAAAAUCUUGAAUAUUUUAGUUAUGUGCCUAGCACUACAAAGGAGACAUUCCAAAUGCGCUGUUCCUCCAUUCUCCUUCUAAUCUUUUAAAAUAUAUUAAUUUUUAUUAGUUUUCCAAAUUUUAACAAAUCCAUCCUACUUAUUUAAAUUUAAUACAUUUUAAUCCUUCUAAAUUUUGUUGUUACUUGUUUUUGAAUGAAAAGUAUUCAUCCUUUAAAAAUAUGAUUACUAUUAAAAAAAACCCUUUUCUCAACUUUUUUUAACACACUAGGAAACUUCACACAGUGAUCAUUUAAAUAAUUUCUUUAUGCAUUUUGCCAAAAAGAAAGUAUCUCAUCAGGAUUAUUAUUUUAUUUAAGCAUUGUGGUUUUAUUUGUUACAACAGAUUAGAUGUUCAGAAAACAAGCUGAAGGAACUGCUAUCUUAUAUUGCAAGAUGUUCCAAGUAUUAAAAUAUAUUUUCUCACUCCAACUGUACAAACCAACAGAAUAUGAUUGUAUCUACCAGUGCUGUCAUCCAUUUUUCUCUCGUACUCACCUGGCUCACCUUGUGGCUUCUUCUGUGAUUUAUUCAGUGGGGAGCUGCACUCCGGCGCCACUGUAUCUUUGCUCAAAGGCUCCGAUUGUGGCUGAGCUCCUGUAAAAGAAAAAUGGAACCCCACAGACUUAGCCAACCAGAUUCUUUAAUGAACACAGAUUAAAUGUUAACAAAUUCUGACAGCUUACAAUUAAACUGCCUUUAUUUCUUUUAAAAAGCUGAUCAAUGCUAUACUAUAAUAGCUUUUAUCCAAUGAAAUUAGUUUUCAUAUCUAUCUAUCUAUCUAAAAGCAGGCUUACACAGCAACGAGGCUGCAAAAUGCCAGAGGAUCAGAAAUAGAGUCCUGCUACUUCACUUGCUUUGAGCUAUCAAAGCAGGUACACUGUGCUACACACAAACACAGAAGGUCUGAGCCAGUCAAGUAAAAACACAGUACCCACAGCAACCCUGCUACCUUCUGAGCACAGGCACUGUAUCAGGCCAUUAAGCAAAAUGGAAGAUCUGUCCAUGUUUCUCAUCCUUUCUCCCAAAAUCAACUAAUGCAGGAUCUGUGCAUUCCCCAAAGGGUGAGGGAUUAAGGCGGGAACGUAAGGGCUCUGUAAAGCCUCAUAACUAUAUUUUGGUGUGUGAAGGUGCUGUGCCCACUAGACUGAACCUAAAAUCCCCAUUACCUAAGAAAAUUUACCUUGAAAUUUAUGCAAUAAUUAUUCCUGUUGCUUCACUGGUCUUUGGAGAUGCCUGUGAAAUUUGGUACUUUGAAUUUAAAAAGAGACCCUUGCAAGGAAAAUAUCCCUAUUAAAAAUGAACCUAACACUUAUAAAAUAGUAAUGCUGCUAAUAUGCUAAUCUGAGUUCUUCAUAGCCUACACCAGGCUUCAUCAACCUCGGCCCUCCAGAUGUUUUUGGCCUACAACUCCCAUGAUCCCUUGCUAGCAGGAGCAGUGGUCAGGGAUGAUGGGAAUUGUAGUCUCAAAACAUCUGGAGGGCCGAGGUUGAGGAAGCCUGGCCAACACAUACCAUUAGCAACUUGAACUGUUUGAGAGAUUGAUUAGAGCAGCCUAUGGUUUCUAUCAUCACUAGAGACCUCUGAAAUGGUCUGAAAUGUUGCGAUGGGGGCAGCCAUUUUUGCAACCAGCCGCACAGAUAUGUGCACUAGAUGCAAGUCACAGGGGACAGUCCCAACAGCAGUGGUUAGCAUACAAAUGCUAGCUCCUGGCCAGCUGAGGAGGAAGGGAGCUGGUCUGAAAGACUUGCACCCAACACUCCUCUCUCCACAGGAGUGUCCCACAGGUUCUCUAGAACAAUUUAUCCCAAGGCCUUAAGACCAUUUAGCCCAAAGGAAGAAAUUUACCCCAUCAAUGUGCACUUCUGUACUAAGCUCUUGACGUCCAUACUUCUUCAAAAGAAUUCAGGGCAGGGUUUUCAGAGGCACUUAAGGAAAUGAACAUAGCUGAACCUAACUGUUGUUGGCAGGAGUACCGUAUUUUUUGCUCUAUAAGACUCACUUUUUCCCUCCUAAAAAGUAAGGGGAAAUGUGUGUGCAUCUUAUGGAGCGAAUGCAAGCUAUCCCAGAAGCCAGAACAGCAAGAGGGAUCGCUGCUUUCGCUGUGCAGCGAUCCCUCUUGUUCUGGCUUCUGAGAUUCAGAAUAUUUUUUUCUUGUUUUCCUCCUCCAAAAACUAGGUGCGUCUUAUGGUCUGGUGCAUCUUAUAGAGCGAAAAAUAUGGUACAUAUCAAGCAUUCCAACAGUCCCCGCUACUGCUUUUAAGAGCCUCAAAAUGAAGGGGAACAGAACUAGACUAACCUCUAUGAACAAAUUCCAUUUCCUUGUUGCUGCAAUCAUAAGAACUGGUAGGCCGUUUAUGCUGUCUAACUGUUUCUUGUGCUGGCAUCUGCGUCAUUGGGUUUUGUGUUCCUUGAUUUACAGCUUUCAUUUCUUCUUCCUCCUCCUCCUCCUCCUCUUCCUCCUCUUCUGGCCCCUCAUCUUUCAUCUUUAAUAGGUUUACAGGUAUAUCUGGACGCUUGACAGGCAACUUCUUUGGGGCAAACAAAAAUUGCCAUGAAUGUAGUUGUUAUAUCAUCUGCCACUGAUAUAUGGAACAGAAUAUGCCAUGCUAUGAGGCAAUAUGCCUUUGAACAGCAGUUAUUAAGUACUUACUGAGAUUUGUAGAAACAUAAACAGGCUCACUAAGUAAGCCCAAAGCUGAACUGUUUCUACAAUAGUUCCUCCUAGUGCCCACAGAAGUGAUGUGAUCCAACUAUCUUUGAAUGCCCAUCCUAAUGGAUCCAACUUCUACAUAGAGCCUAUCUUUUGCAAUGGCUUUGAUUAGACAAAAUAAAUAAAUUAAAUCAGCAAAAUGGGGAGGGAAGCAAUAUCCAGCUAUUUCCCAUUUCCCCUGACCCCCUCCCCUGCUCUCAACACUCCAAAAUGUUGGGGGGCAGCAGGGGAGAUGGGACAUGGUCAAAAUGGCUUCCCUUCCCGUUCUGCUAAGAAGCCUUACUGUCAGCUGAAUGACACGUUUUGAUACAACCCAUAGCUUUUGCUUUCGUUACUUACCCCCACAGUACCAGUUUUCAGUCUGAAUUUGCUUCCUCCUUUCAUGGCACCAAACAUGGGUAAAGUCAGCUUUUUGGGUUUGUUCUGAGUUUCCGAAUCUUGACUCCCAAGCCUACAGAACAUUUGGGGAGGGAGGGGAAGAGAAUAAGUAAAACACACACAGCUUUAGUAUCAAAUUCUGAAGGACCAGCACUAGAACUAUUGCUGUGUGCACUUUCUCUCUCUCAUGUGGAGAUUCCACAUUAAAAAGUUCUUUCUCAUUGCAAACCUCAAGGUGUGGCCUUGGGCUCGUGCAGAGACAAUGAAGCCCAUCAGGGACAGAUAACAGAAUUGCAGGCUCCCUUCUCAAACAAGAAUUCCUUUCUCCCCUGCCGUUAUCCAUGGGGACUGAGGGUUAUGUGUUGGCACUGCCAUUAAUCACAAUUAAUGCUCACCAGGGUUGUACGUCAAAAUAGACUUGGAAACCAGUUCUUUGGGAAGUUCCAGUGCUAAAACCUGCCUCCCACCAUCUCCAUACUCCUCUGCAUGUACAUUUGGGUAGUCAUCAGAGAACUAUAGCUCAACAAGGAAAAUAUAAAAUGAUUACCACUCCAUAAAACGAAGACUCACUCGGAUUUCAGCUCCGGCAAUGAAGCCGGUGUAACAAUCUUAAUCAAUCCUUUCAAUCGCUGCUGCUCUUUCCUCAGCUCAAAAGUCCGCAAAUGAAGCUUUCUACGUGUCACACUGUCUAAAGCACAUCCUGAUUUUAUUUCCGUCAUGAAUUCGUCCAAAGAAUCUUGCGCUGCUGAAUGCGAUUGUGCUAAAGGAAAUACAAAUACAGAAAAAAUCAUGCCAUCCCAAUUUAGUUAUGGGUAGUAGCGGUCCAAAAUUUUAGUAGCUGACACAGAACAGAUGCCCAAUACAACUUUCUGAGAUGAAUACAAUUAAGACUACAGAUGUGCUUGAAUUCUUUAAUCAAGUAACUGUAUUUGGGAAAAUGCAGGGUUUAUCUGUGCAAAAAUUGACUUAGUAUUAAACAAAGAAAUGAAGGGCCUGAUAAAGUUGGUUCCUUUGGCAUACUGCUAGGCAUGUAUAACUAACUUUCAAGGACAUCUCGAGGGCUGCUGAUCGGAAAAGGACUUGCAAGAAGGAAGUUGAAGGUUAUGCCAAAAGUGUGUUAUCACUUGCCCAUAUUGAAACUCCUUAUCCCAGAAUGAAAUUUGUUUUCCUUCCACUAAAUGUAACAUGCUUUCCACAGAACUGAAUUUGAGAGUUUUAACUUGAUCAGCUUCUUUAGAAAGGCAAGUAUUAGGCAUUUUAAAUAAUUUUAAUCAUGAUGUUAUACUUGGCUUAGUCUUUCAUUUGUGGAAGACAGAAACAAAAUACCCUUAAUAUUACAAAUUAAUUAUGCCUUAUUCUCACGCAGACAACCCCAACAUUUGAAUAAAGUAUGUGGCCUUACUUGUCUUUGAAGAUUUCAGCUUCUCUGCUAUCUCAGAGAGCUCUCUUUCAGUUGCGGCUAAUUUUACACUCUACAGAGAGAGACAAUUGAAAAGUGAUGAGCAUCUGUAAUAGCUUGACAAAACUUUAAAAUAAAAAUGUAGCAACCUUUUGGGUUCCCAAAUGCUGGCAAAGUGAAAAGCCUAGAAAUACAAGUAAGUGUAGCAACAACCCAAUUGUGGAAUGCUCUCCCAAGGGAGGUUGACCCGGCUGCAACUUUCUUGUCUUAUGGAAGUCAGGCAAAACCUUUAAAAGAAAUUUAACCAGGCAUUCAAAAUAUCUUGAAAAUUUUAACUCAGUCUUUUAACUUCGCUUUUUAUCUGUCACUUUUCCACCUGCAAUUGGGGUGUGUGUGUGUGUGUGUGUGAGAGAGAGAGAGAGAGAGAGAGAGAGAGAGAACUUACGUAAAAUGCCUAGAAAUCUUUGGCUAUACAGUGGUAUGAAAGCAUUUUAAAUAAUCGCCACUGGCUCGUUAUUAAGUUUUUUUGCCACACUGAAUCAAGUGUUUUCCUUCUGUGUUUUAUUUCAGUUUAGAAGACCAAAAAAUGAUUCUUUCUGGACAAAUGAACAUGCCAACAUGGCUAUCCCUCUGAAAUUUGAUACCAGACAAGUAACAUGAUAGUGGAAAGUGGUUUUUAUUCCUCUGCAGCAGCACUCUUAGCAAUGAUUAUUUAUGAGAGCAUAAUUCAGGUGACAGCAUUUUUAAAAUUCUGGCAAGAUACUUUGGGUUCUAUCCAACUAAAUCACUGUACACACCAGACGAUUUCUGAAAGUGCAAUGGGACUUACCCUCGCACUCCUCCAAAUCUGCAUUGGGGAUUCCCCAUAUCCUUUGGAGCAGAUCUUAGGUAAGUGCAGGGGAGAGGUCAAAUGCCACUGUGCUCAUGGAAGUCAUUCUGUGUGAACAGUGGUCGAGUUGGCUACCAUCCCUUCUCCUGAGCCUGGGAAAAUGCUGAGGAAUCUAUUAGACUUUGCACCGACUUUGGAAAGAACCAGAAAGCAAAAAGCUGUCUUCCAAGUCUCUGCAUGAGGUCUUCUCUACUCCAGAGUCAGGUAGGGACUCUCGGUGGCCUUCCACUGGGAUUUAAGAGAUAUUAGAGAAACAGCAAGAUGACCCUCUGAUUUCUCAGCUCCACCUUCCCUGCCACCAGCUCAGAAUUGAGGUGGAGGGGGGAAGCUUGCCCCUGCAGUUGUUCUGAACCCUGAAGAUGCUCAGUGAACCUCCAAAACUCAACAGUAACAUCAGUCAAUACCCUGUAUCUUGGCCUAGAGGGACAGGGUCAGCAGCAGGCACAAAUUUUGACUAACUACCACGAAUCCCUGGCUGAAGUUGUUCCUACCAAUGAAUCAAAGGUUUCUGGCUUCUCAUCGAUCUUUCCUGCUUUCUUCAUUCUGCUCAGACGUUUCUGUUCAAUAACUCCUGUCCGAUCAAGGAAUGUGUCAUCAUCACUAUCAUAAAAGUCUUCUUCUUCCCAAUUCUUUGCUUUUCUUUUUCGGGAUACUAAGAAAGAAUGAAGACAAAAAUACAUGAAGAAAACUGGAAAAGCUUGAAGCCAGUUACACACCUGUACUUCUGAUUUAGUGACAGGUGAUCUAAUGCACAUUUCAAAAAACAAGCAAGCAUGCAAAUGGACACAAAGAUGUGAAGCCACCACAUCCAAUAGUUGUGAAAAUAAAAUGCAAACAGCGCAUGCCAGCAAUCCUUGUAGGUGAGCAAGAUACAAGCACGAUAGUAAGAGGUAUAAUAAGUUAAUAAGAUAAAAAUGCUUAGGGUUACACCACAUUUUACAGAUUUAAAUUCUUUCAAAGCUCUUGUCAAUAAGACUAUUUUCAAAAAGAAUUCUGCGUGGCCAGAGCCUCUGGCUAGUCCACCUACCUGCCUCUUGCCGCAGCACACCCCUCGCAUCCAGUAUCCUGCAGGCUUCCACUGAACACUGGAUCAUUGCUUCCUUUUUCUUCCCUGUAUGAAUCGCCUCUGCCACAAGUUGCUUCCCCGAAGCAUCAUCUAUAGGCAGCCUAUUGAAUUCAGAAGGUUACAGUUCAAGGAAAGAUCAACAAAUGGCCUGACAUGUCUGCUCAAUGUCAGCUUGUGUACUGCUCAAAACUGUUCUUUCAAAUAACCUUGGCCUCUUUGGUUAUAAAACAUCUCAACACUAAUUAUACAAGGUUUAGAAUCGAAGUUGGAGGCGGCCUUCCACCCACGACCACUUAUUUUGUCUUGGUCUGGAUGGAGAAUUUUCAAAAGUUGGAUGUAUUCUGUUUCAGUGCUUUAGGCCUUAAACUUUCAGCUUGAGAAGGCCAAGCACACAGGUUCCGGUGGAGACCUUCCCAUAGUAAAAUAGGAUAUAGACUAUGUCAGGGAACUGCCAUCGGUUCAGGAGGGAGAGAGGAAAAGCCGAAUGGAUUAUAGAGAACCUCCAGGGAUCGUGGGGAGCAGUUCCUCUUCAACGGAGGAGAGUAAACACACCUCCAGUGGAGAGGAGCCGCAGGAGUCGGAAGUGGCGAGGCGGUCCCAGGACUCCGUGCCUGGGAAAAGCGGGGAGGAGAGGGGUCCUCCGCCACCCACGCCCUCCCUGCGCAGAAAGCAUCCGCGCAGAGAGGGGAGGCGCAGACUGGGCGUCAAGAAGCUGCUUUGCUGGGGAAAGUUUAAGAACCGCCCACUGACGGAUUCUGCCAGCGAUUGAGCCAGCCAUGGGAGAGUGGGGCUCCGGACAGAUCAGGUUUAUUUUGGCAGCAAAAGCAAGGCUUCGCAGCCAAGCAGGGAAAUAUUUGCUUGCUUAUGCUCGAGCAACCCUUUGGAAACACUACAGACUAUAUAAUCAACUGAGCACUCGCGGGAAAAUAGGUAACAAUUUCUAUUAAUUUCAACUGAAAUCUCAUUGCCUCAUCUCUUUUCCUUAAUAACAGUAACAAUAAUAAUUUUAUUAUUUAUACCCUGUCCCAGCCAUGCUGGGCAGCUUACAGCAUAUAUAAAACAGUUAGUUGUAGCUGGGUUUCCCCAUCCACCUUUCUCAUUGGAUCUGUUUUCUACACCACUGACCGCCUUUGCUGCCCUUUGCAAUUUGCCUGCAUCCUUUCUAAGUAUGGUGCACAGAACUGGAAAUGGUACUCCAGUUGAGGGCACGGACCUCUUCAGCCAACCCUUGUGUGACUAUUGCCAUCCUUGUUUCCCAAUACAACCAAGUGAACCUUUGAAAAAAAGGCAUUUGAGUAUUUGUGGGGUUGACACCUGAACUCUAUCACCACAAUCAAAUAUUUUAGUAAAAAUAGGAUGACAAAUCCCUUCUAUGCUUAUUUGAAAGACAAAGCACUCACUUCUUUCAGAGUUAUUUCCCCCAUUCUAGCACACUCAGCACAGAGACAACCUAAGAGCUAUUGCAAUCAACAGGCAUUUGGCAAACCUCCAACAUUAGUCAUAGAGUAGAUCCAUUGAGUUAAGUCACUUAAAUCCAUUCAUUUCAAUAGGUCUACUCUAGGUAUGACUGAUGUUGGACACCACUCAUCAUUUGACAAGAAUACAGUGUAGACCAGAGCUUUCCAUACUUUUCAUGUUGGUGAUGCACUUUUUAGACAUGCAUCAUUUUGUGACACAGUAAGUCAGUUUUACUAGCAAACCAAAGGUUAAACUAACCCCUUUCCAGGCCCAAAAGGAGCUUGGGGUGUAUUUGUGCAAUAUACCUACACAUUGCAGCCAACACACUAACAUGUGGCGGCACACAGUUUGGAAAGCUCUGGUGUAGACAAUAAAUGAGAUUGGAAUUAAUAUUCUUACAUUUCCAUUUAACUGCUCUAAACCAAUUCUAGAUGUACAAGACAUAACAGCUUUCUCUGUCUCUCUGACUACAGAAAGACAUAACUAUACAAAAUUAUUACAUAGAAUACAUACAUACUUCACCCUACAGAGCCAUGUGCCAGUUCCUUGUGCAUCAAAUUCAUACUCUAACUCUUCACCUAGGAAGAAAAGAGAGGGAGAGGAGCUGAUUUACUUGCAUACAUUAUCAGCAGCUUUGUUUUGUAGUGAAAUAGAUAGCCUGAAUUACAUUUAACCUAAAUUCUUGCUCUUUACUCCUUUGUAAAUUAUUUUAAUUUUUUAUGAAUGGUAACAGUAUUAAACUAUUAACUGGCUAAGUAUUUGGAAUCAUUGUUAUUUCAGCAAUUGGAGCAGUUUAAUUACAUGGAUUAAAAUUUAACUGCACAGUAUCUGUAAAAAUCCUUCCUAAGGCAAUGCUAUAUUUAAUAUUGAUUCAUUUAUCAAUUAGCAAUAAGGUCUUAAAAUGAUCCAUCACUCUAACUCCACAGAUAUUCCUGCAUCUGUAAGUGGUUCAGACACAUCUAUAGUCAGACACAUUUAGAGAAAUCUAGACCGGUGAAUAUAUCACUGCUAGAUCAAAGCUUUAACAAACUUCUCAGACAUUUCUUUGUACAGAUCAAAGAUAAUGCUGCAGUUAAGCUUCGUUUCCAUAAAGGAGCUUAAGCUGACAAAGUAAUUUAAACGUUGGAAAUUAGUGGUCUCCCCACCAAUGUCGAAGAUGAAUUGGCACUCACAAUUUUUUAUGAGCUGCAGUAGCUCAUAGAAUAAGUAGAAUUUCAUUAAAGUAUAAUAUCCCAUGCUCAGUCUAAAACCAAAUAGCCAGCACAAUCCUAUGCAUUUUUACUCAGAAAUAAGUUCCACUGUGUUCCAUGGGGCUUAUUCCUAAUAAGUUUGUUUGGGACUGCAGCCAUCCUCUUCUGCACUCUGAAGUUCUUAAACACAAAAGGUUGAUAACUUUAAUUUGUUUCUAGUACUGUACCACUCUAGGUUACAAAGGUGUGUGUGGAAAAAACCCAAGGGCAGAAUUGCCAUGGAGGGACUAAUACUUCCAAGUUAAACCAGGAUAUAGCUAUACAGAUCUGUCCAAUCUGCUUCUUUCUUAUUUCUCCUGAAGAAAGCAGGAUGACUGUAAGCAACACAGAAGAGGUUAAAAGAUCAAGAAGCACAGUAAAGCUCUAUUCAGAUGUUCAGCUGAACAUGGGGGGGGGGACUGUGUAGAGGGUGCAGGAGUGAGUGUGCCAGCCCUCCCCCCCUCUACUCCUGAAUUUUUUGCCUAAAGGUCUGUACUGCUUUGCCUGUGGCCUAACUCCUGCCAUCCAAGCAUGGACAUUUGAGAGGGGCACCCUUUUGGUUGUAGACCUCUAUAUGCAUAGCCUACCCUGAACCCUGAGUUGUGCAUGGUUCUUGGAUGCACAGAGGGAUUUGGCAAAAGGCUUCUCUAUCUCAAAUGUCCAUGCUAAUGUGCAGAUGGCAGGAACUUUGUGUUGGCAAAGGCAGGUCCAGAGGGAUGGGCCCACAGCUGCUUUGUACACACCUUUCCCUCGGGUGAGGAACAUAUAAUGGGGCUUAUAACUCCAUCUGAUUCCAGAGAGGAAAUGGAACACCUGAACCAGAGUCUAGGCUAUGUAACUGACUGGGCAAACAAACUGAGACAAAAGUACUUUUAGACAGUAGGAAUGCUGUUUGGGGGAAUGUAGUUCUCCCUCUGAAGAAUCAGAUUAGCAGUCUGGGUCCCAGUCUUUUUCUUGGUUGGUGAGGUGGCAGUGGUGGACAGGGCCACCUUUGCACAGCUUUUGACCUGUGAACCAGCUGUGACCUUUACUUGAAAAUACGCAUCUUGUCACCAUCAAAUGACUUAGUUGUAUUCUAAUCAGACUACUGCAACAUGUUCAGAGUAGCCUGCCUUUGAAGAGUGCCUGGAAACUGCAGCUGCUGCAGAAGGUUGUAGCCAGGCUGCUGACUGGGGCCUCUCAUUUGAAAUAUUUUACACCACAGCUGGCCUAUCUACAUCGGCUCCCCAUUUGUUUCUGGGACCAAUUCAAACUGCUGGUCUGGGGCGAGGGCAUUUAAAGGACCACCUGCUUGCCCUUUCGGAUCACCCAGAAAUUACUUACUCCCUCAUUUCUUUAUCUGAAGUACAGUAUGUUUGCCACUCUUCCACUCCUCUAUAUGUUGUGGCUUUAAUGGUUUUGUUGAUAGCUGAUUUGAAGGCUUUUAUGCUAAAAGCAGUGCAUUAUAUGUAUAUACACUAACUUCUUGAGUGGCUCUGCUAAGCAGCACUACCAUGGUAGACAAGCAUGACAGGUAACACACAUACCUUCUCUGUCAAAAAAACCUUGCAAUGCCUUCUUGGGAUCUUUCAAAUAAAAGGCUUCUUGAUCCUCCUGAAACUCGAUGGCGAUAGGGUUUUCUUCACCCUCCUCUUCCUCUGCAUCUUCCCCUGAAAAACAAAUGCAAAUAAAAUUAUAAAUAAGAGUAGAUAUAGAAGAGAAUAAAAUACAGCCUCAUUUUAUGAUCUAGGAGUGUGGCAAGAUAAACCUUGCCCAGAUACCUACAGGUGGAAGAAAGCCACAUGUACAAAGCCUUUGAACAGCCUUUUUGGUAGGAAAUAAUCCCAGUCCUCAGUAAACAUGGAAUUCACAUAUAAUUUUAUUGCAAUGAAAACAGAAGACAGAAACAAGCUCCAUGAACUAACACCACACAAGUUUCAAUGGUUGAAGAUGAAGCAUAGGUAAGUGUUAAGAGUCUACCAGUAAUAUACUGUAACUUACCCAGUCCCCAGGAACAAGUGAAAUCAGUACUCCGACUAUUUUCAUUUCUGUGUUCAUCCUUUUCCUUUUGAUCUUCAUCAGAAUCAUCGCCCAGCAUGGUCUUCUCUAACUUAGCCUGCUGCUGCUUACGGAGUUCUUUCAACUGGGUUACAGUCAGCUCUGAUUCCGGUUCUUGAUCCUCCUCUGGGCCCUGCGGAUUAAGUUACAACAUACAAAACUGAAUGCCAGUUAAAAAGUUAUGAUAACUAUAACCUUAGUUUAUUUACCAGAAAUAAGUUCCAUUGAGUUCAGUGGGAUUUACUCUCUAACAAAUGUAGUUAGGAUUAAAGUUCAAGUUUCUUAACUAUUAUAGAAUGGUGGUGUUGUUUAGUCGUUUAGUCGUGUCCGACUCUUCGUGACCCCAUGGACCAGAGCACGCCAGGCACUCCUGUCUUCCACUGCCUCCCGCAGUAGCUUCGAGAACAGUGCCCAACCAUCUCGUCCUCCGUCAUCCCCUUCUCCUUGUGCCCUCAAUCUUUCCCAACACCAGGGUUUUUUCCAGGGAGUCUUCUCUUCUCAUGAGGUGGCCAAAGUAUUGGAGCCUCAGAUUCAGGAUCUGUCCUUCCAGUGAGCACUCAGGGCUGAUUUCCUUAAGAAAGGAAAUCUUCUUGCAGUCCAUGGGACUCUCAAGAGUCUCCUCCAGCACCAUAAUUCAAAAGCAUCAAUUCUUCAGUGAUAUGUAUAAAUAUGUAUAAAUGAACUGCUAGGUAGAUUCUUAAUUCAUCUUUAAAUUGGAUGCUGUGAAACACAGAGCCUCUCCCUUCACUAAAAUGAAAAACCAAGAACAUUUCUACACCAUAAGGUGAAACAGCUAGAAAAUGCAAGUCUCCAUGGGGAGAGCAUUUCACAUAAGGCGAGCCACAGGCAAAAGGCCCAUUCUCAUGUUGCCACCCUCUAGACCUCUCAUGGAGGAGGCACAUAAAGAAGGGCCUCCAAUGAUUAUCACAGGUCUGGGUCGGUUCAUAUGGGGGGAGAUGGUCCUUGAGGUAUUGUGGUCCUGAGCCAUUUAAGGUUUUAUAGGUCAAAAGCAUCACUUUGAAUUGGGACAUCUGCAAGUGCAGUUCAGCAUCAUUACCUGUUACAGGAUAAUAGACAGUGAACAGCAUUGCUCUUUGAAUAUGCAGCCACUUGUUCAAUUAUUAAAUUUAUAUCCUGCCUUUUGUCCAAAAUGAGCCCAGGGUGGCAAACAGCAAGUGAUAAAACAAGGAAUACAUCUUAAAAACAACUCCAAUUCCAAAUACAAACCAAAACAGCAAAUACAUUUGAUCUAUAGAGACACUCCUAUUUUCUGUGUUAGUUGAUCAGAGAACUCUCUUGUUAUAUCCAGCCUUCAAUAAUUCUGCUUGCCAUAGCAAGCUGAGGCAGUGUGUGUGUUAUUUGUCCAUGUCUGAAGGUGCUCCACCAGUCAUUCUUCCCCUUGAGAAGGAGGACGACAGGCAGGAAUUAGGUGUUGGAUGCCCUGCUUGAAGGUGCUCACAGCAUCUUAAAUCUGGCAUGCUACCCUCACGUUCCUUUAUGAAAGGCUGUCCAAGCAGUGGCAGACUCAGUUGGUAGAGCGUGGGACUCUUAAUCUCAGGGUUGUGGGUAAGUGCCCCAUGUUGGGCAAAAGAUGGGGUUGGACUAGAUGAGCCUUGUGGGCUCUUCCAGCUCUACAAUUCUAAGUCUUCCUGAAUGCAGUCGGGACUUCUGGGUAAAAGUGUGUAGGACUGCACCACUGACACCCCCUUGGCCAGUACAGAAACUAAGACCACAACCUGCACCCAAAGGUACAGGUGGGCGUAGAGGGCCUUCUCGGUAGUGGCGCCCACUUUGUGGAAUGCCCUCCCAUCAGAUGCCAAGGAAAUAAUUAUCGGACUUUUAGAAGACAUCUGAAGGCAGCGCUGUUUAGGGAAGUUUUUCAUGUUUGAUUGUUAUUUUUAAUAUUUUGAUGGAAGCCGCCCAGAGUGGCUGGGGAAACCAGGCGGAGUAUAAAUAAUAAAUUAUUAUUAUAAAUCAUCACGAUUACCCUCUCCUUACCUGCAGGACGAAGAGGCGGCUGCUGCCCCCGAAGCGCAGGACGUGGCCCACCCGAACCCGGCAGUAGGUGCGUGGCGGGAUCCGAGCUUUGUUGAGGAAGGUGCCGUGCGCGCUGUCCAGGUCGUAGACGUAGAGCCCGGGCUCGGGGCCCUGCUCUUCCCCUUCCUCCCCGACCUGGCCUCGCUCCUCCUCCUCCUCCUCCCCGGCGGGCGGCGGGCGGCGCUGGAGCACGGCGUGGUGGCGGGACACACACGGGUGAGCCAGGGAGAGGUCGCAGCCCGGCGCGCGGCCCACCAUCAGCCAGCUGCGGCCUGCCAAGCGGACGCUUUCCAGCACGGAGCCGCCUUUCACCACCUCCAGGCUGUAGCCGGACGAGGCCUCCUCUUCCUUGGCAGGGCAUCCUCCCCACGGAGGCUCCUGGUACCGCGGGAGGUCGGGAGGGGGGCAAGGGCGAGGAGCGGGGCCUCGCGGGGGCUUGGCAACCUCUGUCUUCUUGGGGUCUUCUGCCCCAGUUGGAGGCGGCGCCGGCAGCGGAGGCGGCAACGGAGGCGGCAGAGUCGGCUUCUUGAAAUCCGCCAUUCCUUCGCAGCCCUCCUUCGCGGGAUCCGCCAUUUUAGCGCGUCCGGUUCUCAAACCGUCCCCCCGCGGAAACCACCGCCCUGGCACUUUGGUUCCGGGAAGGGAGUCACUGUCUUCGAGGGCUCGGCCUUGGUACGCGCCCUCCCGCGGGGGUAAGUGGGUCCCGAGUUUGCAUGUUCGCGUGUGUGCCUGCGCGCGCGCUCUGCUACCUAAAGGCUGGAAAGCCAUGUGGCAAUUUUAUUAUAACAAGCGAGGGGGAGAGAAGGAUGGAGGGUCGGAAGCGACAUGCCUCUGGAUGCCAGCUGCUGGGAGAGAGCUCCGCCGCUUCACCCUUGUGUACUACCCUCGGGGGCAUCCAGCUCGCCGCUGGCCUUUGACUUGAUUCAACAGGGCUCCUUACUGCUCUUGCGGAGGGCUCUAGGUGGUGGGCAUCCCGGUCAAAGCCGUUUCCUUGCACAGCAGGGGUCAGACUAGAUGGCCCCUCCGUUAGGACCGCUUCCAACUCUGCAGUUCUAUGAUUUGGAGGGUGGUCAUCCGAGAGACCGAGAAGGGGGCAGAAGGCUUUCCUGACUGUCUUUGAAAGACCGACCGACCGUCCGUGUCCGCCUCGCUCUCUCUCGCGCUCUCUCUCUCUGUGUGUGGUCAGGAAACCUGUGCACCCUUUACCUGAGUGGAAAUUUAUUGGGCACGCUCAAACGACCUCUCCUUUUCACCUGGAGUAACUCCCACCACGGGGCAGGGUUGCUUCACUUUGCACGUGUUGUUCAUUUUGUUUGAACCCUCAACGUUCUUGCAGCCUGCCUCUAUACUAGAAAGUCAGCCCACUUUCCCUCUGAGCCUCCUUUAGUAUGUGUUGUUCAGCUGUCCCUAAAAUGAGGACACAACUUAUGCAAUAAAGGGACACGGUGAAUACUUGAAGUGUGCAGAUACCUACUUACCGGCUCUCAUAUUUGAAGCAGUUCUUAAAACGACUUGCCUUUAGUAUCUGAAUAAAGAAGCACCCUGCACAGCAACAUUUUCAAAUGUAAAUGUGUCAGUGAGGAGAAUCUGUGCCCACACCUACUCUUUUUGUCUGGUGUUCCCCAAGUAAACAAUCUAAACCAGGGGUCCCCAUCAUUUUGGGGCCUGGGGACACAUUUGGAAGUCUAAGAAAUGGCAAUGAGCAUGUUAUAAGAGUUUAAGGUCUCAAAUAUAUAAAUUAAAUGUACAAGGCAAACGCGUACAUAAAUAUAUAAACCACAUGUCUGAAACAGUACAGGAAGACAGUCCUGGAACCAUUUUGACUUUCCCAAACUGACCAAAUGUUUCUCUGCAAGGGGGGAGGAAAUGGGAAAACAUCCCCAUUGUCUCUGUGCUCACAAAUCCUGCCUUAAGGGCACAUUUAAGAUAUGAAUAGGGUGAGGCUGUGACCUGGACUCAGGAAUGAACUAUUUAUCAUCACAAAAGAAUGGCUAGGAUGCCCAGGUAAUCCAAUCAGUGACCAUUAACAGGUUUCCUGCCAGACAGGAUUCUGCUCUAGACCCCGCCCCACAUGUAUUUCUGCUGGGGACCACCUCUUUCUGUGAUGUAUGCAUGAUGUUUUGGGGGUGGUCUUGGGCUACAGGCUGGCACUUUCAAAAGUCUAUAUAAGGGCUUGCACACCAUUGUUCUAGGUUCCUCCUCCCUGCAUCUGGUGAGUGAGGACCCUGUUGCAACAGUUUAAUAAAGAUCAGGCUUACUAGUUGCUUUGCUUCUCAAUAUUCUCUGGUUGGCUUCUGUUAUUUUCUCCUACCAAUAGAGAACCCACUUAAGGACUCCAUACGGGCUCUUGGAUAAGGGAAAAAGGGCAGAUUUUGUUUACAUCAAGCACAAUGAAAUGUCAGUUUCACAGGGGGGAAAAGUGAUGCUCAAAAAUGCAUCCAACCCCUCCCCCCCCAAAAAAAAAACACCUUGGCAAAACACACAUUCCAAACCAAUGAAACAUAGAAAUAGCGUCCUCUCAGCUAUUUAGCAUGGCUUUAGCAGUGGCUGCAUUGACUAGCAGAUGCUUGUGAGCAUUUAUUAAAGCUAGGAACAUAGGAAGCUGGCUUAUGCCGAGUCUUGACUACUGGUCCAGCCAACUCAGUAUUGUAUUGGCUUUGGUUUUUCAGGGUUUCAGGCAGGAGUCUCCCUCAGCCCUAUUUGGAUAUGCAGGAGAUUGAAGUUUGCUUUGAUGGAAUUGAAUCAAUAGAAUCCUGCAGUUAUCCACAAAAACUACUUGCAAAUCUUGAGACAACCCUUAGAAGUUACUUCUGCCUUGUUUGAGCUGUUUGAUACCAACCUCUGUAUGAUAGCAUAACGGUGAAAUCCUAUGCCUCGUAAUUCAGAUGUAAGUCCUACUGUAUUCCAUUGGGGCUUACAUGCAGGGAAGUGUGCACAGCAUUGAGCUGGAAGACGUUUUGCAAUGUGUUUGGCCAGGAAACCACAGGGUAUGGCAAAAAAAAAACACCUGUAAGGGGAAUUGGCAAAGGGACUCAGUAACUACACCCAAGGAAUGAUUUACACACAAUCAAAUUCCUCUUCUGUUCUUUUCUGCCUUAACCUAAAUAACAGAAGCUGUUUGUGGGACUUAAUCUUGGAGCUGUCUUGAAUUGAAUAGUUUACAUAGAGCAUGAAUAAAUUGAAAUCUACUGUCAUAUCAAUUGUUUUGAGACUUUUUUUUAGUCUGUGAGCCAUGGAUGGUGUAACCUGAAUCCAAUUUGCACUCUGUUGAGAAACAAGAGAUUUGCAGUAUUUAAUUUGCACAAUAGAUUUGGAAGCUGCUGCGUCUGUAAUCCUCUUUUUUCCCCCUCCUCCUCUCCAUCCUGCAAGCACCUCAGUGUCUUGGGGAAACUCAGCUCAGCAUUUUGGACAAUGGGGGGAAAUCCCACCUCCAAGCUUUUAGCCUGCCACCCCUUCCCCCAAUCCCAUGCUUUUAACAGGCGUAUGUUAGGAUUUUACGUAACUGAUGCUGGUUAGUGUGAUUAGUAUAAAUCACAUGAGAUGUCUGAGAAGAGUGUGGGAAUGGAAGACUGUCUUAUCUCUUCUGUCUGAGAGUGUUAUUGGACUGUACUUUCGCUUUUGCUGAUUGCUUUCUGUUUUCUGCCAGAGUUUGGAGGGCACAGACGUGAUUAUGGACUCUGUAUAUAUUGUGAAUAAAACGGAGUUUAGAUCUACGGAUGUCUCUAUCUUCUUGCUGCGUGAUGCCAGAAGACUUGGGUGCACUUUUCAUAAGAGAAGUGUUUCAGAUGGGCACUUUGGAGUGAAGAGACAUGCCAUUCCAGAGACGUGCCUAUCGGGAGACGCUCGGAGGUACUGGGGGUCUGCCGGCCCCCCAGGAGUGUUUCCCCAAUUUCUGCAGUCAUUUGACAGCUAUUUUGUUUCAGGGCCAAACCAGAUUUGAUGGGUGAGCUACAUUUGUUCUCUUGUCUACUUUGCAUAUCUCAUGAAGCAAUGAGUGUACGGUUUUACUAUCAAAAUAGGUGGGUGGAGGAAGCCAUGGUGUCUAAAACAGCAGUGUGUAGAGAGGGUUUAGGCUUCUUACCCAAAACCUUCUUAAUGUUAAAAGCAGGCACCCUAUUAGAGGGGCCCCCCCGCUGGAGUUUUAAAUGUGACCAGAGUCAUGGCUUUUUCAGUUAUGGUUUGGUUCUCAUACAAUAUCACACUAGUAUUGGGGAGCCUGAGCUCAUCCCAGCCUUUUCCACCAACUCCGUCUCUAGCGCUAAUUGGAAUCUAUAGAUCCUCUGUAAGGCCACUUUCACAGCAAUUUCUGUUUUUCUAGGGUAUGUAUAUAACUUCCUAAAGAAGAUGUUGCUCAGCUUCUGAUGAAGGCUGCAUUAUUACUCAGUUGAUCUUUUGGAUGGUGAAGGAGAACUUUUGAUGACACACCUUUGGAUUUUUCUUCCUGUCUUUCGAACCAGGUUAAAAUGCCCACCCUGUUUCUGCAAAGGACCUGCUGAGUAGCUGCUCUUCCAGAGAGAGUCCCUUAAGUGAUCUCAAGAGCUUUCGUGCUAACAAGCAAGCAAGAUGCUGCGCUACUGGGGCGAGAUCCCCGUCUCGUCCAGCCAAGCCAACCGCAGCUCCUUUGAUUUGCUCCAGCGAGAGUUCCGCACUGUGGAGGUCCAGGAUCCCCUGCUGCACCAGCCUUCUGCCAACAAGCCCAAGCCCACCACCAUGCUGGACAUCCCCUCGGAGCCGUGCAGCCUCACCAUUCACACCAUCCAGCUGAUGCAGCACAACCGACGGCUGCGCAGCCUCAUUGCCCUGGCUCAGAGUCAGAGCCAGCAGCAAGCGGAGGGCAUCAAGAUGGAAGAAAGCGAGCCUUUGCCCACCUGCCCUGGCUCCCCACCUCUCCCCGAUGACUUGCUUCCUCUCGACAGCAAGAUUCCCAAGAUGCCGUUUCAGUUGCGGCACAGCGAUCCAGAAAGCGACUUUUACAGGUGUGUGAUGUGGGGUCUUUUGGGGGCUGGUGGUAGGCCAUGUGAGCUUGGCUUUGAGCCACACAAAUGUGAGGUUUUUUUUCUUGUUACUGUGUUCUACACUGCUCAAUAUUUUUUUCUUUUAAACUGCUGAGUGAGCCCUCUGUUUAGUGGAAUAGGCCCUUGGUGUUUCCACAUUUUAAACCAGGAAUGGCCAACCUGUGACUCUUUAGAUGUUGUCAGAGCCUAGCUCCCAUCAUGCACACAUGCCAAUGGUCAUGGGUAAUGGGAAUUGCAGCUAAAAAAUAUAUGGAACGCGACAGCUUUCCCAUCGUGGUUUAAACAAUUAACAAUAAUCCUGGGCAUUUAUUCAGAAGUAUCUAGCCUUAGUUAUUUUCUGUAUGGGCAAUCAAGGGUUGGGUUAAGAUUUUCUGUCAAGAGUUCCAUUCCUACCUAGAGCCUCAGGGCCUCAGAUAGGGAGGUGGUUAGUUAUAUCCUGUGACCACCCCUCCCGUUUUCCACGUGAUAGCCGCCUGCCCCUGAACUGCUGUGCCCUGACCUGCCCCCAUUUGAGGCCAUCUUGGCAAUCUGCAUAUGCAGCAUUCAGGAAGGCAGUUAAACUUUUGCUUGGAAAUCAGGCUUUGGAACCCUCAUGGUUAUUUGGACUCUCACGAGUUCUGUAGUUUUCUAGUGCCUCUGUGUGUUUUCUUUUUUACUGUAUGCUCCUCUGAGCUCCUUAGGGAGGAGUAGCAGCCUAUGAAUGACUUUAAAUGAAGAAACAAGCAGGACUGCUACACCCCAUGUGAAGGAAAGGGUGGUUGGCUGGGUGUCUGGGGGUGAGGUGGGGGAACAGGCAGGAGGAGUAGGACUACUUUGUCUUCAGAUUUCACCAUCCCUGUCUGGUGAUGGAGCUGCAAAUUGGCAAUGCUAAAGGCAAGGCUUGUUGACCACUCGCUCAUAGGGGCUGUCAAUUUUACACUAGUGCUGAUGGUUAAGGUCCAGCUGACAAUUGCUGCUGUUUUACACUGGCAGGCCAAGGAAGGGAGGCACAAUGCAGAGAAGAAUUCAGGCGUUAUUAGGAGGGAAUUUGGCACAGCUGAGCCAACAUCAGAAAAGGGAAAUAAGGAAAAAGCUCCCCAUCUUUUUGAAUCAUUGGAGGUCACCCGUCACCACCAGGAUCAGUAACUAAUUCAAUCUUGCUUUAAAUCCACAAACAUCCACCUUUUAUUUUACCUGGAAGGACACUUUGGUCAUAUAACAGAAUUCUACAGUAAUUCACUGGUUAGAAAAUGCAGCUCAGCAGUGUAAUGUUUCAUAAAAUUGAAGCAAUUGCAAGAAGGCAACCUUUGCCUUCUAAAGUUAAGCAUUCUGCUCAUCUUUGGAAAGGCCUAUCACUUCAGCCCAUUAUUUUAUGUGCGUGAACCUCCACCGCUUCCAGAUUCACCAGAUUCUUUUACCUUGACAUGCUGGUUAAACAGGAAAUGGGCCACAGGAUCUCACUACUUAGAAAAGGGAAGGCCUUGCCUCAUGUUAAAUAACGCUUCUCAUCACUUCAGCUGGGGGCAUUUGACAGAUAGCCUGCCUGUCAUGUUCAGCGAUCGAAACAGAAAAUGACCCAGUUUAUGAUGCCUGAAACUUCAUUAACCUGAACUCUGAUUUAUAAGGCUUGGCAGAUUUGUCACUGUACUCUAUUGAGGGGGGUAGUCUAUACAUCUUAGAAUCAGAUGAGAAUGAGAAGAUGGCGGAAAUCCAUUAUCCAGUAAUGUCCCCAGCCAGCCAAAACUUGAUCAGCGAUAGAGCACAUGCUUUACAUGGAAUUCAAAUGGCAAAACCAUAAAAUACAGUGUAUGAAAUAAGAGAAGCAACAGCUAUACAGUGGUACCUCGGGUUAAGUACUUAAUUCGUUCCGGAGGUACGUUCUUAACCUGAAACUGUUCUUAACCUGAAGCACCACUUUAGCUAAUGGGGCCUGCUGCUGCCGCCGCGCCGCCGGAGCACGAUUUCUGUUCUCAUCCUGAAGCAAAGUUCUUAACCCGAGGUAUUAUUUCUGGGUUAGCAGAGUCUGUAACCUGAAGCAUAUGUAACCCGAGGUACCAUUGUACUAUAAAAAUAUGAAUAUGGACAUGUUGCAGACCCCCUGAAUGAAGCUCACGGACCACUGGUGGUCCAUGGACCACAGUUUGGGAGCCCCCUGGUCUACCCAGACUUUGCAGUGGCUCUCCAGGGUCUCGGGCGGGAUUCUUUGCCAGCCUUACCUGGAUGCCGGGGAUUGAACUUUGGACCUUCUGCAUGUAAAGGAGAUGCUCUACCACUGAGCUACAGCACUCCCCCAAUAUACUGAUGUGGGAUGGUACAGUUCAGUUGGCAGAACAAGGGGGAUCCAGUCCAUGCCAAUCAUAUACCAUCUUCCCCAAGCCCUUGCUGCAGAUACUGUGUCCCGUAGUAAGAACUGGAGGGUUGGCGUGGUGGCAGGCCUGAUCUGGAAUUAUGGGCUGUGUGCCCAGUUACCCAGCCCCAUUGGUUUUUGAAACUGGCUAUUUCAGGAGCAUGGAAUGCACCUCCCAUCAGCACACUUCCUGUCCCCCAUAAUGGGUAGGCCCUGCCAUGAACCCCAGUAUGUCAUGUGUUAGUGCCAGACCUGGAUGAUGCCCAACUCAUUUCAGAUCAUGAGUUUGCAUGGUACAGAAUUUUUAAAAAAAUACUUGAGUAGGUAAUAGUCCAUACCCGACUUCAGCCAGGCAGGAAGGCUUCCUCUGCCAUGCCAUAAAUGUCAAAAAAUCCGGACCUGGUGUCAUAAUCAUUAGCAACACUAGUGUGGAAACAUGGAGGAAUACAUAAAUACUGGGCCAGAUUGAAGGUUAUUGUGUUGAUAUACAAAGCUCUGAGCAACUUGGGUUCAGGAUACCAUAAGGACCACAUGAGCCCUUACAUCCCAGCUCAAUCGCUGAGAUCAUCCAGAGGAGUGCUGUUAGUUGUCCCAUGUGUUACAGAGGUCCAGCUGGUCUCCACUAGAAGCCAGGCAUUUAGUGUUGCCGGUUCCAUGCUGUGGUUCAGCCUUCCUGCAGAGAUUUGGCAGGUAUCCUCACUUCUGACUUUCAGACGUCUCUUUGAAGAUUUUGUAGAAAAAAUCCCGACUGGCCUUUGCUGGUGUUUAAAUGGAUGAACCAGCCACUUUAAGGAUUGCAUGUAUUGUUUUGAUGGUGUUUAAGGCUUUACUGCUUUGCACUGCCCUGCUGUUUUAUGAUAUAGCAGUAUAGAAAUACUUCUAUAAAUAGAUAAAAUAAAUAGUUAAGAUACUAGAGCUGAAAGUCUAAAAUGGGUUUGGUCUAGAAAUACUUCGGAUUAAGUUGGGGGGACCAACUGGCCUUCUAACAGCAUUUGUUUCUGGCUUCCCAAGACCACUGUGAUUUUGGGUAGCAGUUGCAAAUAAUCAUCAUCAUCAUCAUCAUCAUCAUCAUCAGACACUGUUCAAACUUCUGCCCAUCCCAACACUCUACUGGGGAUGCAGAUCAUCCCAUCCCUAGUCAUAAAAUUGAUCACUUGAUGAACUGGGUGUGUUUUCAUGGUGGCUUGUUUUUGUGUGUGUGUGUGUGUGUGUGUGUGUGUGUGUGUGUGUGUGUGUUUCUCUCUGUAUCCUGUGUGUGCUUGGUGCGUGUUGUCUGUGGGUGUGUGAUUGCAUGUAAGAGUGUGGGGUGGCUGUAGCACUCCUGUCAAACAGCUCAUGGGUGAAUGCAGCCCUUGCCCCCAAAACAUUUAGUCAUCCAUCGAUUAAAAUGUCACAAUGAAUUCAGCUCUAGAUUCUUAAGCUGUGUAGACCCCCUUAAAAAGUAGGGUGUUUUGAACCUCACUGUAAUUAAUAUGAAUGUGUUGCCUUGAGGUAAAGUUGCAGGAGUUACAUAUCGUACCUCAAAGCAAACACUUUACUUUGAACUCGUGAGAAAUUUGCAGUCGUGUUCUCUUUGAUAUAUAUAUAUAUAUAUAUAUAUAUAUAUAUAUAUAUAUUUACUUCAAAGAAUCUAACUUUGAAGUAGCACCAAACCGUUUUUCUCAGGGGAGAAAAGUUUCCUUUGUCUUAUGCCAGCCAUCUCAAGCUAGCUAGAACUUUAAGCAUGCUUGAAAUUUUUGUCCCAGGCAACGCUAGCCAGAAGAGCCCCAUUUUCACCAAGUCCUUUGGGUGCUGCCUUGUCUGCUUUCAGAGGCAAAGGAGAGCCAGUGAUGGAGCUGAGUUGGACCUCUUGCCGCCAGCUUCUCUACCAGUCCAUUGCCACCAUUUUGGCCCACGCGGGCUUCGAGUGUGCCAACGAGAGUGUCUUGGAAACCUUGACAGACAUCGCCCAUGAAUACUGCCUGAAGUUCACUAAGCUCCUGCGCUUUGCUGUGGACCGAGAAGCCCGGCUUGGGCAGAGCCCUUUCCCGGAUGUCAUGGAGCAGGUCUUCCACGAAGUGGGCAUUGGCAGUGUGCUCUCUCUGCAGAAGUUCUGGCAACACCGGAUCAAGGAUUAUCAUAGCUAUAUGCUGCAGGUGAGAAGAGAAGGAAGCAGUAUGCUCACAGCAAGGCAAGAGAGCUAAUUCCCAUGGUUCUCAUAGUACAGGGAAAUCGUGAAUGUGUUUUCUCUAUCGAUAAAGGCGAAGUUGUUCAUUGCUCCGGGAGCUUGGGGGAUAGAUUGCACUGCACACCUGCAAGAAUUGCUCUCUGUUGGGGAAAAUGUCUAGCCUGGAGGGGCUUCCCAUUGCUUUAUCUCAAAUGGGUACGUUCCUGCAGAUUGCAAUAUAUCUGUUUGCAGAGAUUCCUGGAGUUCUCCUAAAGAGGUGUAGAUUUAUGAAGCCAAUGGGAGAGUGAAAAUAACAGCUGCUUGAAAGCUGCUUCUUAUAAUUCUCCAGGGUUACAGGAGCCAUGGCAAUAUUGCUAAUAAUAAUAAUAAUAAUAAUAAUUUUAUUAUUUAUAUGCUGCCCAUCUGGCUGGGUUGCCCCAGCCACGCUGAGCGGCUCCCAACAAAAUAUUAAAAAUACAAACAACCUCAACCAUUAAAAACUUCCCUAUACAGGGCUGCCUUCAGAUGUCUUCUAAAAGUCAAAUCGUUUAUCUGUUUGACAUCUGAUGGGAGGGCCUUCCAUGGGGCGGGCACCAUUACCGAGUAAGCCCUCUGCCUGGUUCCCUGUAGCAUCACGUCUCACAGUGAGGAAACCUCCAGAAGGUCCUCAGAGCUGGACCUUGGUGUCUGGGCUGGAUGAUGGAGGUAGAGACGCUCCUUCAAGUAUACAGGGCCAAGGCUCCUUCUUCACUGUAAGAACCUCAAGGUCACAGUUUUGGAGCUCCUUACCAUUCCAGUCAGCACCAAUGAACCUCUGGUGUGACCUUGGUGUUAUUAUAUUACUGGUAAACGGUAAAGGUAAAGGACCCCUGGACGGUUAAGUCCAGUCAAAGGUGACUAUGGGGUUGCAGCGCUCCUCUCACUUUCAGGUCAAGGGAGCCGGUGUUUGUCCACAGACAGCUUUCCGGGUCAUGUGGCCAGCAUGACUAAACUGCUUCUGGGGUAAUGGAACACUGUGACAGAAACCAGAACGCACAGAAAGACUGUUCACCUUCCCACCGCAGCGGUACCUAUUUAUCUGCUUUCGAACUGCUAGGUUAGCAGGAGCUGGGACAGAGCAAUGGGAGCUCACUCCCUCAUGGUGAUUCGAACCACUGACCUUCCGAUCAGCAAGCCCAAGAGGCUCAGUGGUUUAGACCACAGCGCCACCAGAGUGGAAGAUGGCUAUUCUUCACAUGUUCUUUUCUACUGAGAUAAUGCUGGGACACAGACUUAAGACAUUUGCCUUGCCUCUCAGAUGUAAUUCCUGCAAGGGGAUUCCUCAAAGAAUUUUGGGAUCUGAUUGUUUUUAAGGGGCUGAGUGUUCUUCAGAGACCUACUCACAGGGCAACAAUUUUCAGAAUAAUUUAACAGUCAAUCCUUUUCCCCAGGGAAGCCUGGGUAUUUUAGGUCUCAGACAGGAAUAGGGGUCUCCGAGCAACUCGGCACCCUUAACAAACCACAGUUCUGUGGAUUCUUUGAGGGAAGCCAUGACUGUUUAAAGUGGCAUGUGGCAUGAGGCAUGAGCCUGCUUUGAAUGUACAGUGUAGAUGCAGCCAAGCACUCCAUGCGCAGAGACACAUUGCCUCCCCACUCUGCACAAUCCAAGCCAGUCAGGCAGGAGUGUAGAUGGAGGCAAGCCCAUGCUGGGAGAAAUAUAAGGCCUUCUGUCUCCACCAUAGCCCAGCCCAGGCUCCAUCUUCCAUCAUAGACAACUUACCUUGGUAGGGGUGAGCUGGUCAUGAAGGAGAUGGAUGCCAUGCACCUCUGUCACAAACCACACCUUCUUAUCUCUGCCAUGUGGUUACCAACAGGUAAGCAAGCAACUUUCUGAAGAGUAUGAGAAGCUUGUGAACCCUGAGAAGGCAGCAGAAGACAUGAAACCCGUGAAGAUCAAAGAGGAGCCAGUUAGUGACAUCACGUUUCCCAUGAGUGAGGAGCUGGAGGGGGAUUUGGCAUCUGGGGACCAGUCUUUGCCUGUGGGAGUGCUUGGAGCUCAGAGUGAGCGCUUCUCAGCUAACCUGGAAGCAGAGGUGUCUCCGCAGACCUCAGGUACAUAGUUCCUUUGCGUGGUAGACCCUUGACUCAUAAAAGAGGAAACCGAGAUGCUUUUAAGUGCUGUGUUGAUCUUUGUUUUGAAAUGGAAAAUGCUACAAAGUGUGGCUCAUUUGAAGGCAGUGCCUUUGUAAUAGUGCUAGUAGAAGGGAGAUACUUGGAUAUUAGUUUAGAAGUUCCAUCAUUUUUCACAUUUUUGGUUGUCUAUUGAGCCUCUUGAUUUUUAAAAAGUGGUGAAUAAAGCUAGGGGGGAAAUGUUGCUACAAUCAAGGGAACUGUUGGUGAUGAACUGGACCCUACCCUUCUGCCUUCAAAUUUGCAAUAAAAUUUAGUAAAGUUCCUAGCAGUAGUUAAAAUAAAGUUUGAAAAUGGAAUGUUAAUCCAUUCUAAAGGCUAAGCAAACAAAGGGCAAUAGUCUUUAUAAUUUUUCAUCUUUGAUGGUUGUAAAGCCUACUUAAUUUCACUGGUGUGAAUCCAUUGUGCCAUGCAAUUAAGAAACCCAAUUAAACCCCCUCAAAACAUUUCAUGUCUUUUCUCCUAUUAACUUUAAUCUUAGCUGCAUAUGUAGCUAAAGGAGUCUAGAUAUCCCGCUCUGUUUUAACUGGGCUUUGAAAACACAAGUCUGUCUGUUCUGCUGGGGCUCAUUGCUCUUGUGUUAUGGCCUCUGAAAUGUGAAAUGUAGCGAGGGAUCCCUAAAUCAUUUGGGGAUGCAAAUGAUUCCACUGAAAAGUUCAACGUUAGUGCUUUACUGCUUGAGGGAAGAGGCUAAGAUUCUAUAAGUAUACAAAAUGCCUUGUGAUUCUUUGAUGGUGGAUUGUUGCUUAUCAAUGAAAAAUGCCAUUAUUCUGCUCUUUCCCUGACAAGCUCUGUAGGCUGUUCACCAAGUUGCUGAAGAGUGUCCCACCAGGCAUCCAGUGGGUACUGUUGCCAAGCACAUUAAAGCUACACUGUCUUAGGAUGAUAAAAUGGCUUUUUAACACGUUGUCCUUUGUUGUUGGACGUUUCCUUGUCUCCAGGAUUAGCAGCCCAGUCUCCACUGAGUACAUUGGUUCAGCACAGUUCACUCUUCUCUUUACUUAGUUCACUUUCUCCUCAGAAUUCACCAAAAAUUCUGAAACCUUCCAUAUAUACUAGGCCUGGGGAACCGAUGACCCUCCAGAGUUUGUGGGGCUUCAACUCCCACCGGCCUCAGCCAGCAUGACCAAUGGAAGAUGGGAUUUGCAGUCCAACCACACGUUGCCUAAUCCUGAUAUAAAAAUAAGACUUCAUGAGUAAAGUGUUAGCAGUUUUUAUAUGCCAACUCCCUAUUCCUUAACAUGUUAUUUAUGCAGACUAGCUAGUCUACCUGGUCUCUUGUUUUCAUCGUAUCUAUGUUUUGUAUCUUUUGCUCAUCUGAUGAGUAAAGUCUCUCUCUUUCUCUACCCCGCCCCCAACUGCCUUUUAGGUGGCGAAGUGAACACUUCCCCUCUCUGGAACCUUCCGGUGAAAAUAGAGCCACAAGAGAGUGAGGAAGGCCACGUCCAUGGGCACCAUGGGGUCCUGGGCAGCGACGUGUUUGAGGAGCCCAUGUCAGGCAUGAGUGAAGCUGGCAUGCCGCAGAGCCCAGACGGUUCUGAAAGCAGCUAUGCUUCUCCUUCCCCUGACAGCCUGAUGGGAUCAUCACCGGUCUUUAACCAACGCAGCAAGAAAAAGAUGAAGAAGAUGUGAAUUUUCGCUUGAAAGCAAUGGCAGCACAACCUGCUGAAUCGGAACCAGGAGCCACAUAGGACUCUGAGCAGCCUCAGCCUGAACUCAAUUGUGGUAUCAUUGGAUGGUUUGGCAGAAGAAGGUUGGAUGGCAGACGCGGAGAACAGGGCAGCUGGUUUUUUUAUCGUGUCAGUACAAUAACAUUUGGUUCAUUCCAUAGUGAAUUCUAAUGGAAUCCAGCUAGUGUCUUUUAAAAACAAAACAAAAUAAAACAAAGCAAGACAGCUGUUUGGUGCUUGCAUUUAUUUGUGAUGUAACCUGAAUAGUGACAAUAAUUGUUUUGGGUUUUUGUUUUCAAAAAACCCUGCAACAAAUAGUUGACAGAAUGUUUAAACUGAAUCUGUGAGAUGGACUUUUUUAAGAAAUGGAAAAUUUGGAAGAAACUUGAGUUCAGUAUGAAUCUGUGUGGAAACCAUAAUCGGUAAGACAACCUAAGUGAAAUUUAUGGAGUUCUUUGGACUACCAUAACUUUAUCUUUUGGAAGAACAAGUUCCAGAUGUUGUAUUUCUGUUAAUAUUUUUGUUAUUCCUAAUUGUGGUUCAAUUUCAUUGUGCCGAAGCUGGAUAAAUAAGAUGUACAUACAUGCUGGCCUUUGUAUACUUUCCCCUUUAAAAGAGUACCAGCAUAACCUAAAUUCUGCAUCAGAAAAAGCUGAAUUCUGUGACCUCUAUUAAUUAUGCAGGUUAAGUAAAUUUCCCCCCCUUUUUUAAAUAUUUCUUUGUCUUCUGCUAGUCAUAUGGAGGAACAAUAAAUCUCUGAGGCCUGGAGCCCUGCCCUAACCUUUGGGCCCCAUGCAGUUGUAUAGAAUGGCAGAAUUCACCCAGUCCUGCACAUACCUCUGCUACAACUGAAUGGAACCUGAACUUUUUUUGCCAAUUUGGAUGGUACCCUGCAGAUUUAAAAGCUUCGUGUUGGUUUCUAUUUCCUUCACUGAGCAGCAACUGCAGUCACAAGACAGGUGUUUACAUUCCACAGUCUGUACUGUUGGAGUUUCUCA